GUGCGGGAGCAAAGGGCGGAGUCGUCAUUAGCGUUUCCGGUGUGGGAGCUCCGUGUUGUGAGGAGAUACCGGGAGCUCAGACUGGGAAAGGGGGCGGCCGACAACCCGGAAACAGCCGCCAUUACUCGGUAUACCGGAGCCGGGCGGGGGGGAUCCUCGCUGUGUGCUCAGCUCUCUGCCAGCCGGCGGUCACCGUCCCAGCGCUGGGUAAUAGGAGCUCAGCAGGUGGAGGGGACCCCAAUACUGAGACCUGCUGGGAGUGAGAGGAACCUCAGGGAGACCCCCAGCAAGACUAGACCACCACCACCACCUCAGGAGACCAAACAAAGGCGUCCCACCCCUGGGCUAGGAGACCCCCAGCAAGACUAGCCCACCACCACCAGAGAACCAGGAGACCCAGGACACCAGACAAAGGCAUCCCACCCCUGGGCUAGGAGACCCCCAGCAAGACUAGACCACCAUCACCUCCAGAGAACCAGGAGACCCAGGACACCAGACAAAGGCAUCCCACACCUGGCCUAGGAGACCCCCAGCAAGACUAGACAUCCACCACCACCUCCAGAGAACCAGGACAGCAGACAAAGGCAUCCCACCCUCUGGGCUAGGAGACCCCUUGAGUAGGGGGACCAGAACAGGUACCAAGGUGAGGGCAGAGUCUCAAUAUCCAUCUCAACCAGAGACCCCCUGCAUUCACAGUGCUGCUCUAUCUAUCAGGGGUCUCUGUUAGGGAUCCAAGGGAUGUACAUGGCAUUUUUUCAAUGUUUAAAUUAGUUCGGUGACUUAUCUAUAAAUGGGAUACAGGAUAUUCUAAAAUGAUAACAUAUUGCAAAAAUGAUUCUAAAAACAUCUUCAUUGGAAUGUUCACAUUGUCAUAGGGUGGUGCACUAGGGAAGGCAGGGCUGCUUCAGGUGAUAACCUAUUGUGGGCAGUUGCCUAUGGCCUGAUUUAGUAUCAGCCUUUUCCAACCAAUAGGGGCAUCAUUUUUGAUCCAAAUUCAAGAACCAUGUCUCUAACUUAAAAACGAUGAGGUUUUACAUGUCGUGGGAACCAUAUCUAAUAAGGGAAUGUAUAAUCAAUAUUAAAAAAAGAGAAUUAAUGUAUUUUACAUAUUUAAUAAUGCCGAUAUUUGUUUAGUCCUAAUCAAUCGCACUGAAAUAUUGUCAUUAAGCUGUAGUUGAUGAACUGAGUUUCUGGCUCAGCUUUGUGGAUUGAUUCUACCACUCAGUCUGAAAUCAAUACAGCUAUUUAAUAAUUAAUAAACCUGUACAAGAAUAUGGUAUAUUUUUAUUUUUUGUUUAUUAUUUUUUUAUCGCAUGUGGGCGGGUGACACAUUCCAGUAUUCAUUUCUUUAGGUCAGGCGUAGGGAACCUUUGGUCCUCUAGAUGUUUUGGACUAAUUCUCCCAUAAUGCUCUUACAGCGCAAAUGCUGGCAAAGCAUCAAGGGAUAUGUAGUCCACAACAUCUGGAGGGCUGAAGGUUCCCCACCCCUACUUUAGAUAGACUGCCUGCAUUGUAAUUUAACACGGAGGACAUCUAAAUGUGUGCUUGUUUAUACAAGACAAGUAAAUAAUGUAAUCACUGACAAGGAUGUUGUGUACUAACCUAAAUAUACAGUUAAUGCUAGUCAUCAGAUUAUACCUUUAUAGAUUUUAGAGAUUAUUGUGUUUGAAUAGUGAAAUCCCUGGAAUGUAUGAUACCUCCUGAGUUCCAUUCCAAAAUGCUGCCAUAGUGAAACUAAAAUUGAUGAUCAUUAUGUAUGCUAGACAUUUGAAGUAUUUGUCAUCAUGAAAUGUAUUUUAAUGGCAGCAUGAAAGUAGUUUGCGAUUCAUUUAAAUAAUCUGCUAAUGGGAAAAAUUCCUCGUUCCUUAUAUGGAGACAAAGACCACUUUUUAAAUAAAAAUUGUGUAUUUUUAAGCAAAAUCCUCACUUGGGAAAACCAUUUAAAAAAAAAAAAAAAAAAAUGUUAUAGUUACAGCUUGGCUAAAUAUUGAUAUUGCAUGGUAAAGAAUUCCAAUUAAACAUAGCUUUUAUUUUGUUUCUCAAUAUCUCACUGUUUAUGGCUGUGAUAGUUAACUUGUAAAUCUGGUUUUAUAUAGAUACUUUGCAGCCUAUAAGUUUCCAAGACACAUUUGCUUUAAUGCAGUUGCAUUGUCAUCUGCUUAAAGUAACCAAUUACCUUUUUCCUUAAUUUAGCAUUUCAUCAGCUUUAUCAAAGCACCCUCUGUAGUGGUAAUGGUGCUGAGUCCCCUGGACUGUCUGGUUGUAAACAGCUUAAGACUGGCUGUUUUGGGUGCUCCUCUCUGCUUCCGGUGUGUGCUAGCCUUGUGUAAUGGAAUUCAUACUUUUGCGUUAUCACACUAAGGCCUCAGAUUAUAUUGUUGGAUUGAUUUAUUGAUAUAUUUUGUGAUUUUAAUGUAAAAAAAAAUUGUAAAAGUUAGUGCAAAAAUAUUAGUUUGAUUCAGUGUGAUUUCAUGUUUUUGUUGGCCUGUGUCUGGCACCAUAACUACUACAGUGGUCUUAUCUUAUUAUUAUUAUUAUCAUCAUCAUCAUCAUCAUCAUCAUCAUCAUCGUCACUUAUAUAGCGCCAACAGAUUCCAUAGGACAAUGACAAAACUUACAGGAACGAUAGGUUGAAGAGGACGACCCUGCUCAAACGAGCUUACAGUCUAUAGGAUCCCUUGUUAUGCUUAAAGCAACCCUGUCGCCACCUGGGGUCCUUGUAUAAUUUGCAAAGAUCACUGAUAUUGAUACCGCCGCUCAGGGUCAAUGGCAAGGGUUGUUGGGUAAGAAGAGUUAAACUUACUUGAACCUGUUACUUGUUUCUGCUGCCAUGAUCUUCUGUCCGAUCCUCUUCAACUCCAGACGCUUCAGCUCCUUUUACAUUUAUGGAGGAUCCUGCGGGGUCCUCCACAAAAAGAGCCUGUCCCCCCUCAGCCGUCACUCAUGCUCAAUACACUUUAAUUCACAUAAUAAAACUUCUUUAUUUUGUAGUUAAUACUAGUCUGUAGUGUUUAAUUGACAAGAGGAAAAAAACAUUUUAUGCAAGUAAACGCAAUUAAUACUCAGCUCCACAUUUUCUUUUCUUAAUUGAAUAAAGUUAAGAUAUUUAUGGGACCCAUACAGCCCGUACUGGUAUUUUCUUUUUCCAUUGUGUGCUCUUUAUACUGGGAGAUCGGGAUGGUAGAACUCUGAUAUAGAAGAGAGGGUUUUUGUGCAGGAAACCUGUAUUUGAUAUUUUACAAAUAUAUAUAUAUAUAUAUAUAUAUAUAUAUAUAUAUAUGUGUGUGUGUGUGUGUGUUGCAACGAUUAUUUGAAUUGAACAUAUAUGCCAGUUACUAUUUUUGUAUAAUUUACCUAAUCCACCACUUAAACACUUAAUAUGCCUGUGUAAAGUUUUCCCCAACACUUUUUCACUGCGUCCAUAUUCUUGGCCACUAUGUGUUCAGUUUUUCAUCAUUGAGACUUCUGUAGAAUAAUUUUUUACAUUUUCUUUCUUUCUUUUUUUGGGAUUAAUUUCACAAUCUCUAAAAUAGGUGUGUGCCUGCACGGAUACCUUUUUAUAUUUCACUGAAGCCCCAAGUCUAGUUUUGGUGGUUAACUCAAAAACUUAUCAGGUAAAGUUAGUUUAAAAAAAAAAAAUAUAUAUAUAUAUAUAUAUAUAUAUAUAUAUAUAUAUAUAUAUAUAUAUAUAUAUAUAUAUAUAUAUAUAUAUAUUUUUUUUUUAUAUGUAGUUUUAGUAUAUAGGACACAUUCUGAAAAAUAUAUCCAGAGAGUCAUGAUUUUGGAAAUCCUAGAUUUUCAUCUUAUGAACUCCAUUUUAGGGGUUUAUGUGGUGAAUGAAGUGUCUCCUGGUUCAGGUGUAGGUAAAAUGGAUGAAGGUCUUGAUACUAAAGUAUAUGUAAAACCUUCACCUGACACACCUGGUUUGUUCACUUUACAUGUGAUGUUGAGGUGGUGAUAAAUGCAUUUUCUUAUAGAAAGCUUUAUUAAAGAGCAGCACACACAGGUGUGUGGGUAAUGCCUAAAACCUGUCUAUUUGUAACAAAAAAAUUGAAUCGUAAUUCAAUAUGUACAAUAUGCACUGGUUUCAAUGUAUCUUCAAGAUACAUCAAUGAUCAAGGAAUUUGGAAAUGGAAUUAUGAAAUUCUAUUCCGAUUGCAAUGUUUACAAUCCUGUAUAGGGAGUGCACCUUAAUAUCUUGUUAAGAAACCAUUGUGCCAGUGGGAGGUGUAUUGCUGAGAGGGGCAGUUGGAGACAAUGUGAAUGAGCAUGGAGGACAGGGAUGAGCUAUAGAGAACUUUAGAGUGUGGGAAUGGGCAAAGAAAGUUGAAAUAAGUCAGUAUUCAGAGUGCUAGCAGCAGGAACAUAUUCCCCUCUCCCCCCAAAACCACAUCAGGGUAUAGUUCUUCUGGUGAUUAUAGUGUGGCUUUAAUACAGCUUUUCCAAUGAAACGAGUCCCUGUGCUCUUAUCUCUUCAAUUGUAAUUAUUUCAGUUUCUAAGAAACUGAAAUAAUUACCUUGCAGGGUUAAGACUGCCUCAGACUACUGUCUGAUCGCCACUAGAGGCACUUUCUGGUGGUUAUGCCACUUUUAGUCAACUUACUGACAUUUUACGUCCUUGCACUGUGUAUGAGGACUUCCAGCGUCAAGCAAAACCCCAAAGGAAACCAUUGCUGUACUGAUACCACCUUCUAAAGUGGGAUUGGGUAUUUGUGUAGGGAUUGGCAAAGGUAGGUCAUCAGAUGGUGGUCUUCAUCUCCUGUUAUUCCUUGCCAGCCUUAACUCUCAACAUUUCCACCACUAACCAUUGGCGAGUGAAAAUAUUAGCCCUGGUGAGUAGAAAUUCACCAUUAAUGAGUAUGCUACAGAGGGCCACUGGCAAGUAACUUUUAAGGCUUGGCUAGUAGAGUAGAACUUGAAAAUGUAAGUCUUUUUUCUGUGUGUAGCUGUGAAUAUAUAUUUUUUGUUUCCAUUGGUUAUAAAUGUGUUUUUUUUUUUUUUUUGUUUUUUUUUUAUAAAUUCUUUAUUUUUGUUGUGCGGGUGGUUACAAGAUACCAACAAACGCCACAACGGCGUAUUGCAAGAUUUAUACAUGUUAGACAGUGGCAUGAAGAGUCGCACAUAUUUUGUGUUUUUUUAUCCAAUAUAACUAAACGAUUGUAGUGCCCUAGUUAAGGUAAAUGAAACAAGUAGAAACUAUGUAUGUGUGACAGUACUAGAUGAGCUGUAUUAGUGUGGUUAGAUCUAUGUGUUGAGUUACACGCUAGUUGAAUCGUUAUCGUAGUCACUUAUGUAGAUGCUAUUGGUUAGCACAAUUAGUUUAUCCCAUCCACACUUGUAUAGGUGUAAAUAUUGGUUGUGCGGCUACCUGUUGUCUGGACCAGGAUAAGUAUGGAUAUGGAUACUCUACACGUGCAUAGGACAUCAGCUUAUCACAGUUGUAGAAAACAUUUUCUUGUAACAAUUGCAUAAAACCUUUGCAUAUACUAUUUGCAUAUGACAUGUGCGAGAUAGUUAGUAAGAAAACGUAGUAGAGUAUUCAGCUUAGGAGCGGGGUCGUGAGUGUGAUGACAGCCUGAUCUGCUAAGAGGGUGUGUGCACUGUGGUGUAUAUUGUGUGCUCCUAGAUUACCCCUCGGCAUGGGGGGGGGGUUGUCGUUCAGAUAAUAGGCAGUCGGGAUCUACUCUGGGCCUCUGCCUGUCCAUCAGUGGUUGUGGUCUGAUGUGGGGGGGAAGUUUUUAAGAGUCCCUCAUAGUAAUGGCGAUGCAUAGGGGAAUGUCCCAAAAGUCUUUUGGUGGUCUUCUGGUCUGGUUCAGGUCGUGACCGCUGUGUAUUGUUCCACUUGAGGUCUCCUUGGCACGAACUCCGGUGCUCUGGUUGCAUCCCGCCCAAGGGGAUAUGUGGUUCUCGCUGGUGGUUCCGCUGGUUGAAUGGAAUUCAGGGGGAGGCCCAGAGUGCCUAAGACCUCCGUGGCUUCAUGUAUGUUGCUUACAGCGUGUGGCACGUCUCCCCUCAUGAUGUGUAGGACGUGAGCUGGGCCCCAGCGGUACCUGAUUUGGUUGGCUCGUAGCACUGCAGUAAACUGUUGUAGAGAUCUCCGCCAUGCUAAUGUUCCACUUGAGAGGUCUGGGAAAAAUGACAGGGUCAUGUUUUCAAAGGGGUAUGCCGAUUGCUCCCUGGUGGCCGCUAGGACUGCAGUUUUGUCCCUCAGGUUUUGAAAUUGGAGCACUAUGUCCCUAGAUGUGCUGGGUGGUGCCCUGGUCUGUCUCGGCAGGCGGAAUAUGCCAUCUAGCGUAAUCGCCCUGGCUGUUUUCGGGGGCAAGAGUGCGGUGAGGAGCCGCCUGGCAAAGUGUGGGAGCUCUGCGUCAGGGACUGAGUCAGCCACCCCCCUAACCUUUAGGUUUUUGUAGCGUCUUUUAUCUUCCUGUAAGGAGAAUCGCUGGUCCUGUAGUUGGUUCUGUUUUUGCAGUGCGCUUAUUGCAACUUGGAGCUCAGUUAUUUGAGUGGUAUGUGUUGUGGAGGUUCCCUCCACUGCCUGGAGACGGCCUGUCAAAUUUUUCAAAUCAUUUAUCAUAGCCACAUCGGCCGCGAUUUUCCUAUGGUGCUCAGCCAUGAGGUCUCCUAUGGCUUCCAUAGUUACCGGCUUGGGGUCGUUCACGGGUGGCUGGUUCCGUGUCUGCACCGGUUGUUUUAAGGCUGGUGCUGGGUCUCCCUCCGUGUCGUCCGAGGACCCCUCGUAAAAAUCCGAGCAGCCGCCGUGCAGGGACGCCAUUUUGGAGCACGCGGCUUCAUGAGCCUGCCGCCAGAGGUUCCCGAUAUCCAUGCCGGGUCGGGGCUUGUCCGGCUUUUGUUUUUUCAUUUUUCUCCCCAUGUGGUCCGGGGGGGUUCUGGGCUCACUUUGCGGUGGAUUCCGCCGAUGCCCAGGUGUGGAAAGGGUGAGUUUUGCUCUGGCUUAGUCCGGAGCUUCUCCGCCAUGCGUCCGUCUGCUUCCCUGGCUUAGCUCCGCCCCCCCUCUUUUUUUUUUUUUUUUAAAUGUAUUUUUAAACAAAAUAUUUAAAAUUCAAAUAAUAAAGCUAAUGGAAAUCUUUUAAUUCCAGAGUUACGAAUAACAUAUUCUAAGGGAUAAUCUGAGUUGUGGUCGUGUAUGUAACUGUAUAAAUUUAUUUUUUCAGAAAGAAUAACCGUGCAGUUGAAUUUUCAUCAGAUAAAUCCUAUUUUAUGUAAUUCUAUAUUAUGAUCUAGGUUAAAUGUCUGAGAUUGCUAAAGGCAGAUGUUCAAUUCUAGUGGAUCACAUUAGAAUUAGUAGUUAUUUUGGUUUGGUCGUCAAUGGCUUUUGUUCUGAUUAAUUCAAUGAACGCGUCACAGCUUACAACUGAACAGAUGAGUGAUUUGGGAACUGUGAUCGUAUGCUAAACUUGCAUCCAUCAACUACACAGAUACAUGGCCUCUAGAAGCUGUAGUCAAUGUCACAAAAAUUGCUCCCACAUGUUCUUAUUUUGGGAAAACAGAACCUAAAAUUUUGUUGGUAUUUAACCUUUUAAUAAUUUUGUUUACACAAGUAAUUACAUUUGCUGAAAGUCUAGGCUUAUGCCAACAUAGACCGUUUUUCACAGGCAAUCAUAAAAAAAAAGAAUUAUGUAAAACGCAGCCAAUAGGAAUACAUUAUAUUGUUGUGAAAAGCCCUUUCUUCACAGUGGAUCUACCUGCCCAGCUCCAUUAUUAUUUCAUUAUUUAUAGAGCCAACAAAUUCCGUAGCGCUGUACAAUGGGCAUUCCAGCCAUUGACAGUACAGUAGUCAGUUCGUAAUGAAGUGGGUAGGGAGGUCUAGAAAGGGCCAUUUCCUGACCCAUGAUUGUACCGACAGAACGCAAGAUGGAACAGAACAUGCUGCAAUAUGUAGAUUGUAUCAUCACAUUAUGCUAUGAAGGAAAUGUGUCGUAUAGAAAAUACAAUCAAGCCACUUCUCAGUGUCUCUAAAAUUCAUUCCAAAAUGGGUUCUAGAAAUGUUUAAAGUUGACCUCAUCAACUUAGAGACAAAAAUGUUCUUCUUUGUUUAUUGUCCAUGACCCAAACAUUACAGCUUUGCAGUACAUUUACAUGCGCAUAGGUAAAUCUAUAAAAACUUACCAGUGCAACAACCGUUUUUAUUUAAGGAGAUUAUAAAUUUUUAAAUAUUUUUUAUGCACCCUGUGUGCACCCUGUGUGGAAUCACCGUGUUAUGGUCCGUUUUCUUUUUUUUUUUUUUUUUAACACUUGAUCUUUUUUAAAAGCAUAUACCCAAUAGGACAUAGUAUUCAUAAGCAUCCAGAUAAAGGUGAUUUGGCUACUUUAUUGAAAGUAUCUUAAAGGGACACUAUAGUCAUCAGAACAACUACAGCUUAUUGUAUUUGUUCUGGUGAGUAGAAUCAUUACCAGGCUUUUUGCAGUAAACACUGUCUUUUCAGAAAAAAUGCAGUGUUUAAAUUACAGCCUAGUGAUAACUUCACCGGCCACUCCUUAGAUGGCUGCUAAAGGGUGCUUCCUGGGGCAGUGCUGCACAGUGUGACUGACAUUCAAUGUCUCAUCCUUCUGCAUGCAGACACUGAACUUUCCUCAUCGAUAUGCAUUGAUUCAAUGGAUUUCUGUGAGAAGAUGCUGAUUGGCCAGGGCUGUGUUUGGCUUCUGCUGGCUCUGACCCUGAUCUGGAAUAAAAGUAAAAUUUUACUAUAUUUGGCGGGAGUGGGGUGCAAUGGUGCUUUUUUUUUUUUUUUUUAACGCUAUAGGGUCAGGAAUACAUAUUUGUAAUCCUGACCCUAUAGUAUUCCGUUAAAAAAAAAAAAAAAAAUUUUGAAGCAUUUAACGUUGAAAAAGGCAACUCUGUGGCCCUGAGAACUUUUUCUUGGGAACGCUCAAAGGGCAUCACUAAAAAUAGUUACCAUACAAAGCAGGUCCUCUGGCUUUACUACAUUGUAGUUUUAAAAAAAAUAAAUGUUUUUUUUAAUAUUUUUAUUGAGAAUCUGUGCAAAUACAAUAAAUUGUCAAUAAGUUUUCAAAUUAACAAAACAAUGAAUAGGUAGAUAACAGUGUGACAGGCAGCAUAAAAUUUACAUCCGUUUACAUCGUUACAGUAGGGUAUUGAUCUCAGUGCUUUUCCGCUCCAUAUAGAGAAGGAGCUAGCUCCACUAGUGGAUCGUGCGGAUCUUUGGUACACUUUACUGAUUAGGUAUCAUAGUUAAUAUUGGACAAGGUACAUGUUAUAACCUUGUCUUUGGUAGUAAUUUUCCAGGUGCCUGGGUAGAGGGGGUGGGGGUGUUUGAGGAUGGGGAGUUAGCAUUCUAAAGCUGAACCUGAUUGGGUCAGUAUUGUGUUAGCUAUAAUGUGCGGUUUUUGAGGUAUUCACACCAAGGUUGCCAUGUAGAUAUGUAAUUGUGGUAUUUAUCAGUGAUGGAAUGGUAGGUUUCCUCUAGGCCCCUAGUCGUUUCGACUUUUUGUUUCCAUUCGCAAAUGGAGGGUGAGUUUGGGUGUUUCCACAAUGCAGGUAUGAGUUGGUUCGCUGUGGAUAUUAAGUGAGUUAGUAGGUCUGAUGUCAGUUUAGGUGUGUCUCGAGGGGGAAUCAGAAAGAUAGAGUUCUGGAGUGAAUGGAAUGUGUUUGCUCAGAGCUGACUGUAUCAAUCCAUGUCUGAGUUUCCAGUAACCAUUGAUUACCGGGCAGGUCCACCAAAUGUGUGCUGUGUUGCCUUUGGGUGCCUGGCAUGAGUGUGUUGGAAAGAGGGACUUUAGUUUUCUCUAAAUGUAAUGCCAUCUGACUAUCCUUUUGUAGUUACUCUCUUGGGUUAUGGUGUUUCGAGAGGAUCUAUGAAUUUGCUUAAAUAUAAUACGCCAGGUUUCUGGUGGGAAGGAAGUGUUAAGUUCUUUUUCCCAAGAUGAGGUGAACGCUGGUGGGUGGUGAGGUUGAGUCUUUGCAAUUGUUGUGUACAUCACGGAGAUGAGUUUUUUUCUUUAGAGUGUGUUCUUUGCAUAGUUGUUCAAAUUGCGUAUGAGUUCGGAAUGGUUUGUGGGAUAAUGGCCCUUUGUGUAUGAAGUGGGUGAGUUGCCUAUAUUGGAAUAUUUGUAUCACAUUGUGCCCAUCCAUGAUGGCAUGUAGGGGUUUUAUCUGUUUUCCCAUGUCGUCCAUGGUAUUAUCUAGUUGCAGGUAGUCUGAGUUGUGGUAGUGUUUGAAAGCCCUACCGUCCUCUCCAGGUUGAAAUAGAGGGUUGUGGGUGAGCGAGUAUAGCGGGGAGGGGUAUGAGGAUAUCAAAUGGUGUGGUCUUAAUUUGGCCCACAUGCGUAGAGUCGGUGAAAUGGUGGGGUGAGCGGUGUGCAGGAGGAGCCAGUUUUGUGCCAGGGUAUUGUGUAUAUGGGUACUCUGAAGAAUGUAUCUUCUAUUCUUAUCCAUUGUGUAACGGAGUGUGGGAGUGUCCAGUCGUAUAAUCUAGUUAGGGUAGGUUGGUGGUAUCUCUCUGUCUGAGAGGCCUAGGCCCCUUAUGCGAAGAUUAUUUCUUCUGCCCCUGUUAUCGAUAUCGUCUAGGGAGCGUUGCAUCAUGGAUAGGUGUCUCUCUUGGGCUUGGACUUUAGCUGAGAGGGAUUGCAUUAGGGUUUGAUGGGACCCCCUUUCAUCUUCUAGAUCUUGCACCCUGCAGCCUACCUGUUUUAACUCUGAGCUGCGGCCAUCCAUUUUGUGUUGAAAGGUGGUUUCUAGUUUUCCCAGCAUCUGUGCCAGGUCAGCUCUAGACGGCAGGUUUCACAAUAUUUCUUUAAUAUCUAUGUCCAUCGAGAUGUGUGAGGCUUCUGACGCUGUGGGACUCGGCGGGUCUGAAUCUGUGUUUACCGCCGCUGGCGCCAUUUUGUUUUCGCCGAGCUCCGUCACGUGGUCGGCAUAUUCUCUGAAUAAAUGGGUUACAGUGCCCGUUUUUGCUGCUGGAGUUUUCCCUGCGUGCUGGGCGGAAAGUUGGGCUUUUUUUAGGAUUCCCCAUGUCGGUAAAAUGCCUCCGAUUUUCUGCGGUUUUCUUCCGUGUUGCUCAGGAGCUAAGUCAGUGUGCUGCCAUUUGGCUCGUUUGUCGGCCAUGCCCCUCUCACUACAUUGUAAUUUUAUGAUCUGCAUCUCUCGUCAACACGAUGACUGUUCACCUUAUAUUAACCUACCUGUUAUCAGAUACCAAUUGAUUGUCUUGGCAUGUCACAGAGAUUCUAUGCUUACCAUUACCCUUAUUUACUUUGCGUAUAUAUCGCUGCAGUCUUAUGAUUGUGAGUAGGUAUUUAUUUUGGAAGCGUGGAGUCUGUAUAUCUACAGCCUGCUUUUACUGGCAAUUGAUUUCCACGUGACUUCUCUCUCGAGCAGUGGGGGAGUCAGAGUAUCCUGCUUUCUCUGGGAAGCCCUUCUACAUCAGGCAUGGAGUCUAUAAUGGCAGACUGUAAGGAGGAGCAAUUGGCCUAAUAUACCUCUUCACACACUACUGUUGAAAUAUCCACUAUGCCAAUAUGUCCAUACAAAUAGGUUUGGUUUAAUGCCCAAAACGUACACACAUCACCUGGACAACUGUAAUUAAUUCCAAUUUAUCCAUUCAUUUAAAUGACUUUUCCAAGUUUUAAAGAAAACCGUUCUAGUAUUUGGAUCAGUGUAGAUGACAUGCAUGUUCUUUCAUUCAUUCCCCAUCUGUCUCCACUUGUUUGUGCAUCUUUACAAUAAAUGUUGUCAUUUGUUUCACCCUGUUAAAGGGUUAAUCCAUCUGUUAUAUGUCCUGUCUCUUCCACCCCCCACCCCACCUUUAAAAAAAAUAAAAAAUUAUUUAUUUUAAAACAUGAAAAAUUGAUUUAAUCAGUAUAAAACGUAACUGACAUCCAGCACUGGGCCAUGUUUCACAGAUCUCCGGUGAUGGUGCAUGUUCCUCUGUUCUGUCCAAUUUAAUUACUACUCCUAGAGGAACACUUAUUGGUCUUUGGCCAGUGCUCCAAUGGGUGCAUGAAGGUGGACAAGGAGAGGGAAUCAAUGGAAUCUCAUGAUGGGAGAAUAGAGGAUGGAGAGGGCUGCCACUGUUGGAGGGAGGGAAUAUUUUAAACGCACAUUGACACGGGGGGAGCAUAUUUUUGCACAUCAAGGAUACUGUGUGUGCAUGAGUAGUGCACACACAGUCCAAAGGCUUCACAUUGCAGGUGCACGCAGCACUGCCUGCAAUUGAAGAAUCAGAUUACACUGAUGAUACAUGUAUUUUAUGAACAGAAUUGACAUUUGGCAGUGCCUAGGCUGUCAGUCACGUGUUCAGGGGUGCAACUUGUCCUGCCACAAAAGUGCAAACAUCUCUGGAUGUACAUUGUUUCACAUCCAGAUUCCUUCCUCCAUGACCUCUUCUAAAAGCAGGAAAGAAAAUAUCUUCUGAUAUGUUUGGAAACAGAAUACGAAUUAGAGAAUUUAUCCAGUUUAACGUUUUUAAAUUUGAACUUCACCUUGAAUUCUUACUUUAGUUAAUAAACCUGUGUUAAUUCUGACAAUUCAUGUUUAUCCUUUGGAAUAGCGUUUCCCUUGCCUUUUACUGUUAAUCAGACUUUGAGUUGUUUAUUAAUAUUAUCAUGAAGUCUUUGUGUAGAUGGAAGAUGUUGAAAAACCUGAUUUUGGUUUGUGUUGUAAAUUUAAAGAGUCACAACAGUGAUCACUUCGUCUCAAUUAGAGGGACACUGUAGGCACUCAGACCACUUCAGCUCAUUGAAGUGAUCUGGAUGCAAACUCACAUCGCCCUUAACCCUGAGCAUGUAAUUAUUGCAGUUUUUAUAAACUGCAAUAAUUACCUGCUAGGGUUAACUCCUCUAGUGGCUGUCUGUCUCGACGCUGGACAUUCUCAUGCUAUGCAUGAAGACUUCCAGCGUCACUGGAAUCCCCAUAGGAAAGCAAUGAAUAAUGCGAGCAUGCAUUAGUUCUCUGAGACAGGGGAGAUAGGAUAGAAACAUUUAAAUACAUAAAGGGAAUCAACACAGUAAAGGCUAUAUUUAAAAUAAGAAAAACUACCACAACAAGAGGACAUAGUCUUAAAUUAGAGGGGCAAAGGUUUAAAAAUAUCAGGAAGUAUUACUUAACUGAGAGGGUAGUGGAUGCAUGGAAUAGCCUUCCAGCUGAAGUGGUAGAGGUUAACACAAUGAAGGAGUUUAAGCAUGCGUGGGAUAGGCAUAAGGCUUUUUUCAUUCCCUGGUGGUCCAGCAGUCUCCCCAGUGGGAUCUGCAACGUUGACUGGUUGCAAACCCCUCUGAAUGCCCCCUUCAGGUCUUUGACUGGAAGGGAACAACUGUAGAAGGCUGUUCUCAGUCAGAGGUGAUUAGCAUAGGGCCGCACAGAAAGAUCUGUUUAUCAGUUGCAGGGGGGUGAGGGACUUAAUUGAGCUGGUGCUAUAACACUAGCACUGGCUCUGCCAUCCUGCCAGCCAUUGUAAAUGAAAUUUGUUUGCAAUACAGGAAGUAAUUUUUGCAAUGGUUAAAAUAGUUUAAACAAUAUUGCAAGAUAUGGCAAUCCUGUAUGCACAAUUGAUGUGAAGGUGUUAUGGCUUUGACAUUAUGCUGCUCACGUUCGUGUUAAAUACAGAAAAAUUCUUAUCACUGUUAAGGAAUGUGUUAAAUUUAUUUGGGUGCUCGACUUAUUUUAUUAUUCGUUACUUGGGUUCUUGGUGGCUGAACAUCAAGUGAAAGUAGCCCUGAACACCAUGUCUGGAGUGCUUCAGGUUAGCCACCCCUUUAAUGUUCUAAAAUAUAGAAAUCACUGCCCCUUUAAGUAGUCUGACUUUCUUUCCUCAGUACCACAUAGACCAGUUGUGACUAGUGACCUCAAGAGAUCUGUUUUUAUUCUCUGCAGGAGUCAUCAUAGCCUCUUAAAUUCCGUUCUAUGACCGUCUGCUCUCUGCAUUGUAAAUGUCGUUGUGCUUGGAAUUAGUCCUCUUUCGUGUUACAGCUAAAAUGUAAUGAUAAAGAUAUAUGAUUGUAGCCACAGCAGACGUUCUGACCACAGAUAAUUAUUGGCCUUGCAGAGGUCUGAAUGCCAGUAACGUUUAGUACACUAAGAGAGACUGUGUAAUGUCCCUAUGGCAGUGUCUGGACAUUAAAAAGUAUGCUCUGAUUGUUUUGUAAAUCCCCAUCCAACCAUCCAAAAAAAAAAAAACAUUUAAAUCUCCCUCUGUGCAAUGCACUCCCAUACCUGAGGAAAAAAUCUUGUAAUUUACUUGUUAGUAAAUAUUAAAUUAUAACAAAAAAUGAUCGGCGAGCUAAAUUUCCCCUAGUAUAGAGCUUACCGCCCUCCCGUUCGCCAUUAAAUUAAGUAAAUAGAGUUUGACUCCCCUUUUUACCAGUGACGAGAAGUCCAGUGAGCUACUUACUUACUCCGACUCCUGUGACAUCAUCCUGCAAUGUUGCAGUAUAAUGCUACUCAUUGAUGUCCUGAUGUGCAUUCGUGUUGAAUGCCGCACGCAUCCAAAUGUACCCAUAAGAAAGCGUUUUAUUCAAUGCUUUCCUAUGAGCUGCCACGCCACAUGACUGAGGUUUAAAAGGUCAGCACAGUGGAAGAACCUCUAGCCACUAGAGGUGUUGUCCCUUCUAAAUAAACAUUGCCCUGCUGCCAAAGGCAAUGUUUUGCCUUGACGGGUUAAGCAUACAGGACUACUUAACUGAGAUUAAGUGUUCUGGGUGACUUUACUGUCCUUUUAGUUUGGUGCCCCGACAAGGCUUGAAACCACUUGCUUAUAGCGAUGCGUUCCCUUAUAACUGUUUUCUUUUUUUAGUUAUAUUUUUGUCACUGCGUCUGGUGUUUAGCAGAAAAUGUAAAUGAUUUAAAACAUUGUGUAUAGCUAUUGUGACUUACAAAGGUACGCAUGUUGCUGUGUAAAUAAUUGUUUGAAGAGCAUAUGUUUGGCACGUGGGACCAUAUUUAUCAAGGCUAGAGCAGUUCUGGGCCAUUUGGAGAAAUUGCCAUAGCAACCAGAGGAAUCUUUCUGCACCAGAUUCUCUUUUCUAAAAAGGUCUCUUCCUGCGUUCAGAAUGUAUGUGCAGUGUACAGUCUCUGAACGGGUUACUCUGCUCCACUCUCUGAUAUAUUAUACUGUCAUGUAAUAUUAAUGCUGGGGGGUGGGUUCGGAGGGGGUACUUAAAAGGCUUGUAUUGAUUCUUCUGUAUACACAAGGCCAUUUUCUACCUCCUCUUCUGUACUCCCUUCCCACUGUUCUCAUUGACAGUGCUGGGGGUGAACACUUUGUUUCUGUCAGUGAGUUCAUGCUGUGCUUAGCUCUGUCUGAGAAUACUCCUAUUGUGAUUUCAUGUGGGUAGUAUAAUUUACCUGACACCCCCUCUGUGUAAACGCUUCAUGGCGUUCCUCCUUCGAGUGGUGAUGAACAAGUGAGGUAAUUCCAGUUAAAGCUGUAAUCACAGGUAGAAUUAACGCAGAUGACAUUGCUGGCUUUUCCCAUAAUGUACGGCUGGGUGCUGAUUGCUCUUGUUUACACAAUGUUUGUAAGCCCAGCAUUUACAUUCUAAUGCCCUUAUUCUGAUCUCCGCAUGUCUAUAGUUGGAAAAGACCCUUUCACCAGCUCUGUUCAAACCUAACAUGAGAUUAAAGCGCUAAGCGCACACAUAUCAUUCUGGACAGCAUGAUGUCUAAGGCCUCUUUUAAUGAAAGAAGGAACUUUGGACUUUUAUAAUAGACACUUCUUGAUGCCCUAAAAAUCCAAAGUAAAAUACAGUGCCACAAUAGUACAAUCAAAUGAGCUGUUAGCAUUCAUAAACUCUCCAUAAAUAAAUUUUAAAAUGUUUUAUUGUUAGUGUUUGGAUCAUGGGAUAUAUAGCUUGCAAACAUCACAAUGAUGGCACUAACUUGUCCUCUUCUCAAUGCUCUGGGUGGUAUUUUAGGACUGUAUGUUCUUCAUUAUUGCUGCAGUUAUAUGCCCGUCUGUUCGCCUAGACAUUAACCUGUACAGUGUGUGCAGGCUGGAUGACUCCUAAUUAAUAUGUACAUUCUAGUUGCAUUCUAAAAGAUUGCUUUUAUAGAUAUCGUAUGCAAGAAAACAUGAAUUACACUUUCUUAUACCACGGGUAUUACAGAUCACCAGAGCCAAACAGGUUAAUUCACCUCUGGUCCAAGAUUAAGGAAAGACCAAUGUUUUAAAGGGUCACUUACAGUACAACUACAGCAUUUAGUUUUUUCUUACUUUAUGGCUAGAGGUGGCCAUGAUAAUAUUGUAUAUUUUUUUUUUCUUCCAUCCAACAGUAAUUUUACCUCUUCAAGGUGUGAUUGCAGAUAUUGUGAUAACCCUGUUUGCACACAUUGUACCCAGCAGCUUUCUUAGUACCUUCUCAUAAACCCAGCUCCAAUUUGCUUCUGUGAAUGGCUGCACUUGCCAGAGGCCCAUUAUUAUUUGGCUUAAUUCUCUCCUAAAAUGGACUAGGGCAGCUUGUCUGGGCUGGGGGAUAAGAGUGCUUCCCCUUCCUGCAUUUGCUCCACCAUGUGAGGAGUCCAUCUGGAACUACUUACGUUGCACAGCUGUGCCUUCUACCCGGCAAUGCCAGUGUGUGCUAGAGAACAAAGGUUCACGCUGAAAUGGCGUCCAGCAUCUUACUUAUCAAAUUAAAUUAUUACUGAGGCCCUGGCCUUCGUUACUCCACCUUAUUAUUCCAUUUAAAACAUGGCAUCUGCUCUGGAUAUUACUCUGUAACAAUUAACUAUUAACAUUUACAUGCCUGUCUGCAGUAGAAAUACUUAUCUAUACAUGCAGGGUUACUCACUACAGCAGGGGUAGUUAACCUUUUAUUACCUACCGCCCACUUUUGUAUCUUUGUUGAUGUUAAAAUUUCCUUACCGCCCACCAAUGCAGUAACUAAUUUUAUAGAGCAAGUAUGAAUUUUUAAAAAAAAAGUAUUCUAUUUUUUUUUUUUUGUGUGUAUAGGGUGCAUAAGGUCUAUGAUGUGUGCAGGUAGAUGAGAUGUGAAAAUCUAUCUGUGUGUGUGUGUGUGUGUGUGUGGUGCAUGGUGCAUAGGGUCUAUGCUGUGUGUAGGUGGGUGAGAUGUGAAAAUCUAGCUUAAUGUCUCCCCCUCCUUUCUUCUUACCUUUUUACCAGGGAGGGGAUACAUAAUGCGCCAAGCCCUGGUGGUCCAGUGGUGGCAUGUUCACUUUAUCCUGCAACUCCUCCGGCUACAGGUUGACUCUCCUGUCCUCCUGCGAGCACAGCACUGUGUCGUAGCGUUGCCAUGGUUAAGCAACAUGCUGCUUUCGGAAUGAACACAGAGGUUCCCAGGCCCUUCCCUCCCUCAGCUGGAACGAAGUGCCAGCGGGCCAGUCUGGAAGAUUAUUGAUCUCAUCACCAGCUGAGAGGGCUUACAGCAAAGCCUGCUCUGCAUGGGCUGGCAGGGGAGGUAAAGGUAUCUCCCCUGCCGGCCUUUGUACACGGCCAACUGGGCCCACCGGGAGUUUUCUACCGAACCCACCUGAAACCCCAAACCACCCACUAGUGUGCGGUGGGGACCAGAUUGACUACCCAUGCACUACAGUGGGAAUUGAAAAUGUUUCCAAUUUGAUUACCUUGGCCUGAAAUUUUAAAUCCAUGGUCUGAUAUAGCAGCUUCUUUAGAAAAUGGGGAAGGUGUGUGUUUUUUUUUUUUUUUUUUUUUGACAGCUGAAAUUGCUGCUGUCCUGGUCUGUAACUCCCACUAAUCGAAGGCAGCACCAGGAGUGUUGAUCUUACAUUUUGUCUUCCCCUUAACCUCUGCAUUACUGCACACAUUAACCCAUACACUACCCAAGCACACUGUAAUACACUAAACAUUGACUCCUACAUUACCUUAACAAAGGGUAACCUAAAUAAUUCAUGUAGUAUAUAGAGAUCUAUAACAGCAGACUGUUAGGGGAAAAUAAUGCUGCCUUCUUAAAACAUUUUGUAAACCACUUGACUUUAGUCUUUUUCCCCUGGUUUAUUAGGAUGUUUCCAGAACAUGUAGAUUGCAAAUUGCCUUUUAUAAUAAUAUAUUUGAGUUAAUUGUGUUGAAUAUAUCAAGUCAUUUCAAUGUGUCCAUGUCCUGCUGCCAGUCCAAUGCUCCACUUUGUGUUUGUCUCCGGCCUCUAAACGAACAUCCACCUGCCUUCCUACAGUGUUUUAUCAAAUGAAUUCAGGUUUCAGCUUUAAAUGGCGCUGGGAAAUUCUCUAUACCCUCUAUUCUCUCUUAACUGUGGUUUUUGAUUUUCAUGUGCGCCUCUUGUUUGUUUGUUUGUUUUUUUUUUUUUUUUAAUCUAUUUAUUUGUUCAGUCGAUUACACUUCCUGUUUGAAUCAGUGUCUGGACUUGUGAUUGUGACAGAAGUUUGCGAUGCUUUGCCAGCAUCAGUCUGGAAACAAGCUAGCUACGCUGAAGUAGAAACCUAAAGAAAGUGCAUAGGCUAACAAAUGCAUGCUGUGGGUGCAAGUGUCUACAUUGAUUUCAGGUUAAGUUACGCCCCUCGUGUAGCAGAAAUCAGGAGUUCGUGGUGAGGUCAGGUGACGUGCCAAAAAGUCAAGUCAGGCUCAAAAGAAACAAACUACAUCAUGAAAUUCAGUCUCUGCCUUCAGUAACAGACCUCAAUAUGCAUGUUCUCUCUGUGUGCAAGGGAUCUCAAACCGGAACUGUCCCAUUAGAUCUGGACUAAUUGAUGAAAGGUAUGGACUGUACGUAUGGUGUUGUGAGAAGUAUGCAAUUGUUUUGUGCCCAAAGCAGGCCUUUGGUUUGGUUUUGUACCCUAUAUGGUUGCCAUCGCACACUGAUGAUUCACUGUUCUUUCAAAUUAUACUUUGAAAAGCUUCCACUAAAUUAUUUCUGCAGAGAGCUUGAUAGUUUGACUGAUGAGCCAUUACUUUACUUACAGCCCUUUUAAAAGUAAACUAUGAGUGGAAAAUUAUCCCCUAUUUAACGUAUUAUUUUGCUAAUGCAUUAAAUAAUGCAACAAGGUUUCCUGUAGAUGCAGUGUUGAGUGAGCCUGCUUGACUCCCUCCAUCACAAGAAAGAACUACUCAAUUCAGGAGCGUCUCCCACUGAUCUAUGGAGUCGGAUCUUAUACCAUAAACACCUGACGUUUUCUACACAGGAUGAGUGUAAAUGCUUCUUAAAGGUAUAGCAGGCAUAAUGCAGCUGUUAUAAGAUUACACAUAAGCCUCCUUAAGUGAUCGGGACUGUGUACAGCAAUCAGCAGAUCUAUGGUCCAUGGGUCAGAUGUGACUCCAGAGGAGGGAGAGAACUUAGUCCAAGUUGUGCGUACAUGUUCCAGCUGUUUAACAAGUCUUGGGGGCUUGGUUAGAUCAAAGUGAUUUUUAAAAGUCGCUGCAGUUGUAUGCAUCUUUCAGAGUUGAAGGCUGCUUCAAUGAGCUCAGUGCACUGUAAUUUUUGUGAUGAUGCAGAGCAGUCAUGGUGCUUAGUAACCCAUUACACAUUCUGGCUCCUUCCUAGUAACCGGUCCUCCCUGUGUACAAGCCAUUUUCCUGGACCACUGUGUUCUGGGAAUAAAAUGUGGGGAUUUAAAAAAAAUAAAUGUCUUUGGUAGUACAAGGCUCCAUCAGAAACAGUUACAUCUAAUACGAAUGUCUAGAACUUACAGAAUUGUUCACUCAAGUGUGAAUUGUUGAUAAUUCAAAUUAGGAGCCAGAGAAAAACUGCUUUUUUCUCACGCUUUUUUCUUUAACGCUUUUUUAAUACGUUAAAUAGGGGAUAAUUUUCCACUCGAGAUGUGUUUUUUCAGUUUGUCCUUUUUAGUGUAAAAUGUUAAAAUAAUCCAGUAAUGUUGAAAAAUCACACUUUGUUUAGAUAAUACCCCUGCAUCAGAUGAACUGAUGAUCCAGUGUCGCUUGUCCUGUAGACUGUUUCACGUUUGUCCACACUAUUAAACACGCAGAACAGCUAAUCAAACCAUCUCGAGUGGAUUUCCUGUAUAUUGCAGUGUUUCUGAAAAUUUUCCAAAGUUGUAAUUGAAGCUCUUCCAGUCCUGAAUCUCUAAUCUUAGCCUUUAGACAAAAGCCCUUGUCCUCGGGUAUCUGGUAUAGACCAAAUCCAUUUAUUUCUGAAAAUAGAUAUGACCUAAAGCACUGAAAAGAAUAUAUAAGCCAACUGUAACAAAGAGCAAAAACUAAGUAAUAGAUCUGUCUGCAUGUGCAAUUCUAGAUAUACCGUAUAUACAUAGAGUACCUAAUAAUGUAUUAUCGGACAAGUCAGGACAUGUUUAUGGCUUUAUCAGGGGUGAAAACUACUGGUAUUCUAGUCAGGGCAAUGUCCACGACUCCAGUAGCUGAUGGUCAGGUUUAAGGAACACUCCAGGCACCAUAACAACUUCAUCAGAAUUAUAUUACGUUGCUUAAAGGCCCUUGACACUCUUACCUGAAGGGGUUAACCAUUAAAAAAAAAUAAUAAUAGUAAUAAUGAAUGGGUCAUCCAAGGGAGGCAGCGGAAAACACAGAAAAAAGUUUUAUCCUUGAAAUGAACAUUUUAUUUUAUAUUUUUAAAAGAAGCCACUUUAAUAGUAAUAAGCAGUUAUGGUGCUUAGAUUGUCCCGACUAAGCUAGGCCCUGUGGUUCAAGUUAAAAUUGUCAUGAAAGGGUGUUUAAAGUGUAAGGCAUGAUGAAUCUGUUUUUUUUUUUUUUUUUGUUUGUUUUUUUAAGUAAAAGUACACUUUUUCCCCCCUGUUUACCUGGCGGUGUGUGUGUGAAGAAUUUGAUCCAUAUUUCACUUUAACUGGAAAAUCUCCCCGUUAAACGCUUCUCCAUCUUCUAUUUCAGAAACGAGAUGGAUAUCUGUCUCCUGUGUAGUAUGAUCUAUAGGUUUUUCUCUGUGCAGUGACGUGUUUUUUUUUAUUUUUUUUUAUUUUUAUUUUUUUCGUGCUGCGUAUUCCUGAUCUCUGUGUAGCGUAAUGCCAGUAACACACAUUGGUCCCCUGGAAUCGGAGGGUCUUGCACCUGUUGGCACUUAUCAGUGUGCAUAGCCCUACGGUCUCCUGUUUCAGCAAUCGCUUCCUGUCCUGAAUCCUUGCUGUCUCCGUGCCCUUUCCCUCAUACUAAUCAUUUGGUGUCCUGCUCUGAUUCACAAAUUAUCUUAACCAGUUUGAAUCCAAAUUGCUAAUGGAUUAAGCUUCCUGUCGCACCUUGUAAAGGUAAAACACCUGUGUGUACAUGGCAGUGCAGGUUUUAAAAGUUAUUCACUUGUCAGUUCUUUACAAGCUUUGCUUUAGUAGAUAAUUACAUCCCAGUAUGUGUUCCAGUGAUUGGUUUGAAAUGGCUUGCACCGUUUGCUUGUCCAUUAUGACUUUCCUACAACAGCAUUAAAUGUUUGACAAAAAAAGUGCAUGUUUUAUUACUCUCUUCUAGAGUACAGAAUUGUUUCAUGUGUUAUAUUGUUUUUGUGUUGGAGGAUGGGUUGUUUGUACAUGCUUAAUUGUCUUCUACUUGUAUAAUAGUGUUUUGUUUUUUUAUGGGGCAAAAAGGCUUUUUUUUUAGUUUUAUUUUUGCCCAGCUAGUUGUGUUUAGUCUGCGAGUCUCUCUGCCGGGCCGUCCUGUGUGCGGGUCUCUCUGCCGGGCCGUCCUGUGUGCGGGUCUCUCUGCCGCGCCGUCCGGUCUGCGUGUCUCUCUGCCUUCCCUUGAGAUUGUACAUUUCAAAUCAAGUUUCCAGGUGGGGGGCGGGGGGGGUUAACACUGACAAACAGGAUUUUCAGGUACUUGAGGAAGCAGAACACUAGCCAUGUGGUUUCGUAUGUAUUUUUUUACAUAUGCUUUUUUAUUUUUUCAGAGUAUAUGUAUUCUAACCAGAUUUCUAUAUUACAUAUUAUAGCGUUGUAAGAAACAGGUGUCAAAUGUGAUUUCUCUCCCUGCUUUCCAUAAUUCAUAAGCUUUUAUGAGAAGUCACAAUUCUUUUACUGUAACAGUGGCUAGCUUCACAGCGAAUGCCCGAGGCAAUGACUAAAAUGUGCUUUACCUCUAUCCCAUACACAUACAUACAGCUUAUUAUUUUCUAUCCUUUUAUAUACUUCUGUGUUUACUGUUAGUUUUUAUUACAGCUAUCUAUCUGCAACUGCACCCCUCACUAGGGCUCCUUCAGUAAAGAUAUUGAGUACUUUUAAAUCUUUGUUACUGGAGUAAAUCUGCUGCAUUAAGAAUGUUUUCUACUUGUGUUUCUCUUUAAAGGCACACUCUAAGUACCAUAACAAGUAAAACAUGCCGUUGUGGUUAUGGUGCUGGAAGUGCCCUGGACCCCUCCCCCACCCUCUACUCUCAUUUGGAGAAAUGCCAGUCUUUCUUACUACGGAUCGUCCACUAGUCUGCUUAAAUUACAACCUUUCUGAUUCCGGAUGUGCUUAUCAACUAAAAUGGUCUACAAAAUUUCACCUGGAGAAUCUUUUCAUCCCCGCACUACUUGUUAAUUUCUAAUCAUCCACACAGAAAUAAUGAAAACCUUGAUUCAAUCGACAUACUUCUUUCAUUGUGAGAUCAGAGAUUGCAAUCAUUGUCUUGAUCUCAAAAAGGUAGAUUAUAUCAUUUAUGUACUUUUGGUCACGCAGAGCAAGGGGCGUGCAAACUGUGCGGUGGUGUCGCAGCGCGCACUAUGGAUGAGCGUUCACUUCCGCCACUGUCUAUAAAAAUAAUUUGUUUUCUGUGUGUGAACGAGGUGUACAUAGCAAGGCGGGCUUAUGAAGGCAAUGCAAAAUAUAUACAGUUGUGUUUAUAGAGUUCUUCAUAAUGUUUAUAAAGGCAGUGUGGAAUGUAUGUGUGUAUUUAGGCAGACUUGAGCCCUUGCCUCUCUCUACAGUAGGCUUCCCUAUUGUAUUUAUUUCUCAAGUCCCUUUCAAAAGCCAUACGGAGAACAUUAAAUAGUCUUUUCCUCUAAGCCUCCAUGACACCUUCAGAUAGGACAUACAGUCUGUGUGUUGUGUAAGAGCUACGUACCUGGUGGUUGCUCCCUUCACACAAGGCAUGGCGCCUUUACCUACUUUGCCCCCAAGUAAUGCAGCUGGCAUCUCACAAUUCAUAAGAUGUGGAUGCCGCUGCCUCAGUCCCCACAGAUUUGGUACAUUGUAAUGUAUCGGUAUAUAGUUUGUAGAUUUAAAGUUGCCCAGUGUUUAGCAUCAGCCCUAAACCAGGUUAUUUGUAUGAAGUGUGUAGCUAUUGCCAACCGUAUUCUGUCUGCUCUCUGAUUCACUUAGCCUGGUUUGAAACAGAGGCUGAAAAAAACAGGCCUCUUAAAACAAACAAAUAAAUUGCUAUUUGUUGUUGGUUACCAAAGAUUCAACACCAUUCUGAUGUGAUAGAUUACAUCUUGUACCGCUUUGUCAUUUGUUGUCAUCCCUGCUCUUAUCAAUUGUGUAGAAUAAACAAAGAUAAAAUUCUAAAUGUCAUGGAAUAUAGCUUUUUACUACCUGCAAUAAGUGCAUGUAAUAAGAAUAAUUAUUCCUUGUGAGUAAGGAGCAUGUGAGACCCCCUGGAUGUCUCCUCACAAAAAAGAUGCUCUUUUUAAAGUAAGACUCGGAGCGCCAUAACCAUUAAAGUUCACUGUUUGCUAAAGGUUUUACUACUGAAAUGCAGGGAUAAUGUUCCUUUUGUUCAAUAUUAUUUGCAUCCACUGUUGUCAGACGGCAGUCAUGUUCGGUUAUUGUUGCAGAAAUGGUCGAGCUUAUUGUGAUACAAGUGUUAAAAGUGUACAUACAAAUUUUAAUAACUAAACGUAACAGUGUUCUGAGUUGUUCUGCUGUUCCACUUCCUCAAAUGUGCCAAUUACAGAUCACAUUUUACACUUCAGAGUGUGUUUUAUUUUCACAGUUAAAUUUAUUGUGGCUGCAAGAUGUUGCAGAACAAACAGAGCAGCUAGCAGGCCAGAUUUCAAAGAUGAGUCUUAAAGAUGGGAUAAAAUGCGUGAAUGACUGUUUAGGAAUCUCUACGUUCUAAAGGAAAUUAGAAGUGUAGGGCUCUUACAACGGAACUGUCACUUGUGAGGUUCUGCACAACCCGAAAACAAUUGUUUUUUUGUUUUUUUUGUUUGUCUUUUGUUUUUUUUCAUAUACAUCUCCUGCUUUAGUGACCUGGCACUCACUCAUACAGCACCUUAAGGAUUGCCUAAGUGUUGAUGCACUUAUACGGCAUCAGUUGCGUUGUUUUACUUACCUAUGAUGCACUUUUCAUUAGCUGGGAUGAGGAACUGCCACUUCCUUAAAACCGACCAUUCUUCUUUAACCUUUCUUGACAGUGCCCCAAAUUAUGGACCUGGCAUUAGCUUGCUUCAGUUUAACAAUCCCUUAGCGACCCAUUAGGGUCUCGUUUUGAGUUCACACUAAUUUUUUUAUUAUUUCUAUUGUAGCGCUUAGCAAAUAUUUUAAAACAUAAAGGUCAGGAUUGGCUUUACAAGAGCCUGUGUUGGAUAUUUGCCAGAUAUGAUUAGUAUAUAUUCCCAAUUUUAUAGCAAGCAAUAAGCAGUGCUUAGAAACAUUUAUUUGCACUUGUAGUCUUGAUUUUAAGGCAGGAGCCCCUGAAUUAAAGGAACAGUAUAGUGUUAGGAAUACAAAUACUGUACUUAGUACUCCUACUGCUAAAAUUCCCUGGCCAUUUAGAUGAGCUGCUCCUAAUAGUAGGGAGAACAAAAAAGGCAUUUUACUUGCCUUGACUCCUUUGCAUGGGUGGUCUACAUAGUGCCAUCCCACAGCAGCAAAAAAGUGCCUCUAGUGCCUAUCUGAUGAAAGGUACUAGACUCAUUUUAACCCCGCAACGAAAACAUUGCAGUUCUGCAGAACAGGGGGCAUGACACCCAGCCCACUUCGUUGCGUUAAAAUGGUCUGGUACCUAUAGGGUCCUUUUAAUUAUGUACUUUGAAUACCUUCCAAUUUGACUUUUUUUUUUUUAUAUAUAUACUUUCUGUAAGAUUUCCCUUAGUCUUUUUAAGUUAGCCUUACAGUUGUUGUUCACGUAGCCCCUUUGCCCUAGGGAUUCUGGGCAGCGAUGCAUGUUACUUUUCAGAGAUCGACUGCCCUUUUUUUUUUUCUUUUUUUUUUUUCUUAGUCAGCAGAUAGGCAGGUUUCUGGCCCAGGACACUCAUCAAGGAAACAGAUAUUAACCUGGGUGGUGGUUUCCCAGCUCUAAGCUCUUUGAUCUGUGGAAUCAAUCAGAGCAGCCUGCAGGGUAAGAUGCAUGGGUUAUUUAUAGUCACACAAGGAGGAAUAAAGUGGUUGCAGCAGUGCUGGUGAGGAGGCGGAACUGGUCUAUUAAAGUGAAAACACUUUGUUUGACACACCUUAUUCUGCUGUUUACAACUCUUUGUCUGUUUAUGUCUGUAAUGUUCUAAACCUUCUACUGGGAAAAGAAGCAUGGAUCCAAAAUUACAUGAAAUUUAGAAUAUUUGUUAAAGCAGAACUGUCAUUUCUCAAGAAGUGACAGUUCCUCAAUCUGUCAUACCAGUGAAUACUGUUGAAUUGUUUACUGAGAGUAGCAGUCUAGUGGGGGCAAGUAAAACACAUAUACCUGCUGUAUUUCAUUUCCUUUUGGUGUGCAGUGUGUGUGCCCAUGGCACUGCACGGGUUAAACUAACUUGCAUGGCAUGCUCGGACUGUGCCCGCGUAGGGAGACAUGCAAUGUCAAUUAUAAAAAGUAUUGCAAGGUUUGUUUUUCUUAAUUUAGUUAGCUAAAUGUGACCAGAUUGUACGCUCGUUCAAGCAGGGUCCUCAACCUAUUGUUCCUGUCCAAAUUCAGAAUGGUUUGUGUUAUGAGUGAGAUCUCCCUUGUCCUAGUGCCCUGUUUUUCCCUUCUUUAUAAUGUUGCGAAGCGCUGCUAUAUAAUUUAGCACAUUAUUUUUUAAAUAUUGCAGUUCCAAUUAUAUUUUCUGAUCUGAAAUGAAGUGGUCAAAAAAAAAAAAGUAACCAAUUAAGUAUUUUCAAUCACAUAUGCUCAGUCCACUAGUAGUGUUUUUCUCCUUGAAACUGAGAUCUGUGCUCGCAAGUUCAGGCCACAGUUUCAUUCAUGAGAAAUCCUGCGAAUAGUGGCUGCCGUCAUACACCAACUAAUGACAUGGGCCCUCCUAGCACUGUAAUCUACACAAGGAGCAUUCAGGCGCUUGGUGUCUGUGUUAAUUAAGGUUUUAGCAGAGACAUGAGGCAUGCUUUCUGAUUGUAUGCUGUAACUGUAGUCCACAACUGUUAUGUGACGGGUACUAUCCUGGACUGAAAACAGGGUUUUAGAUUUACUGUUGCAAUGUGUGGAUGUCUCAGUAACCCCCUCAAAAUCGGGACAUAUAGGGGUAGGCUUGAAUUUGGGAGUGGCCAUGGCAGAUUCACAGGAGCACCCUUUCUAAACUUUCUAGUCCGCUCUAAUGGAUAGGUCACCCUGGGCUUACUAGUGGCUCAGGAUGACCAGGAAAUCCAGGCUGGCAUGCUCAUAUCUGAGUUCCACCAGCUAACCAGCUUUGAGAACUUCAUGCGCCCAAUUGGGACAAAACUAGGAACUCUGGGGAACACCCUAGCGGAUAGGAACUUUGGCAAAACCCACUGAAACUUUAAUCAGGUGUAGCUUGGCCACCCUGCAUUGGAUCUUGGUGCUAUUUUACCAGUUGGUGUGCUCUGGGACAAGCUAUUGGGGGAUGCCAUAUAUGUGGGGUUUACUAAUAUAUAAAUGUGUUUCAGGGGUUAAUAAGACGCCCUGUUUUCUUGGAGUUAAUUAAAUUGGAGGUAACUUGAUAUGGUUAACUCACAUAGAGGCACCUGGGUGGGAUUUCCAUUGUUCUAAUGCCCCGUUGUGUGCCUGUGUCCCAAUAAAGUAUGUAUUUUGCCCUUCACCCUUUUUACACUUCAGCGCGGUCUUCUCCAGCGAGAAGGAACAUUUAAUGGAGGUACUAUUAAAGGUACUACAUUUUCCAUCCUCGUCAAUGUUUUGUUUUUUAAAUUAAACAUUUUUGUAUACCACUUUUUACAACGUUCAAUGUCAGAUCUAUUUUAAUCCUCCAGACCAUAAUAAUUACCAGUAUUAAAAUUUUUUUUUUUUUUUUUUAAAUUGUUUAUUUAGAACAUUGCUUAAAGGGACCCAGACUACUACUGCCCAUUGGAGUGGUCUGGGUGGCAACUCCAAUCACCCUUAACCCUGCAAGUAUAAUUAUUGCAAAUUUUAUAAACUGCAAUAAUUACCUUGCAGGGUUAAGUCCUCCUCUAGUCUAUCAGACAGCCACUAGAGGGACUUCCGGCUUCUUAAAACAUGAAAAAUGUUUUAAACGACGCUGGACGUCCUCACGUUAUGCAUGAGGACCUCCAACGUCGCCGGAAUCCCCAUAGGAAAGCAUUGUAUAAUGGGAGGUUAAUGCACACGCAUUAGAGGAGCGUGGGCAGAGCCUGACCCAGCACAGAGGGACAUCGGCACUGGAUUCAGGUAAGUAACCCCUUCAGCAAUAGGGGAUGGGAGGGAGGGGACAAUGCUGGAUUCUGCAGUGCCAGGACAUUUUUUUUUUUUUUUCCUGGCACUGGAGAGUCCCUUUAACAAUUUCCUGUUACAAAUUGCUGCAGGAAAAAAUUGUCAUCAAGAGACACUUUCAUUUGCAAGCCAGAUGAUAUAUAUCACCUGUAUAUAAACAACUUCAGGCGUCAUCAAAAUCUUCUGUUCCCUGAAUUGUUUUACAAAUGUGUGAAUUCAUUCCACAGCAUUGGCGAGAAAUAUGAUGGCAAUAACCUGUAGAUGAAGAAAUUUCAACUUUAUUAUCGCCUUAAGUAAUGAAUAGUAUAACCCAUAAUGUAAAUUUAUUGUAAGAUCUUGAAGCACACAAUUACUUGAGGCCUGGAUUUCACUGUGUCGGCGUGUAAUGCAAAAGAUUGUUGUACAGCAUCAUUUGUUUAAAAUACACAAACGUGGAAUAGGGCAAAUCCUCUUGUACACAAUAAUAUUCCAAAGCAUUCCUAUAAAUCGAUGGUCUUUCAGCAGUUUGCAAGGAUUCUAUAUUUGUAUACGUCCUAUUUAAUUAUGUAUAUACGGUAUGUAAUGUGUAUCCGCUCUAAUAUUGUUCAUUUUGCAAAGCACUGCGAUAUACGUUGGCGCUAUGUAAAUGGCAAAAAUAAAAAUAGUCUUUUUAAUAUGAAGGGCUUUAAAAAAACAAAACAAUAAAAAAAUCUUUUGUGAAUGAUUUUUUUUUUUUUUCUUCAGGAAUGGUUAUAAGAUUUCAUUGUUAGAAAUAAAAGCAAACAUGGGUAUUUGUGGAUGCAGAAAUUUGGACUUAGGCAUGGUUUGUGUUGUAACAAGGCUACUUAUCAUACAUUACUAAGCAUUGUAUACCAUUUUCUGUGCUUAAAUAAAGAAUUGAAAAACAGGCACUUUAAUAAACCUCCUGAAUGUUUAGAAUUUGGUGUGAUCGCUGCUUUAUUUGUUUUAUAGCCCUCAUAGUUUUAUACAGUAGGAACUUUGAAAUGCAUUUUAUUUUAUUUUUUUUAAAGCAGCACUAUAGUUACCAGAAUUACUACAGCUUAAUGCAGUGUUUUUCUGGUGUCUAUAGCCUUUCCCUGCAGUCUUAGCACUGUAAACGCAGCCUUCUAUGAGAAAGGGUACUGUUUACAUUGGUGCCUAGUAGCUCCUUUGUCAAUCUGACAGCCACUAGAGGGACUUCCUGGGUUCGGUCCUGCAAAGAUUGCUGGACAGCUGUUCAGCAGCUCCACGUUGUGCAUGGAGACACGAAACGCUUACUAUAUCUCCAUUUGGUGAUGCCGAUUUCUGCAGCUUGGCAUUUUGUCGUGCACUCUAGCCUCUCAAUGCUUUCUAAGGGAAAGCACUAGAUUGGCUGAGAUCAUUCAGGUAAGGGUAGCAGCAGAGAGAGCAUUCUGAGAGCACUCUGAGAGUGGGCUGGGAACCUGAACACGGAACAGGUCACUAUAGUGUCUGUGUCUUUGUAUCCUUAAUGCUAUAGUGCUCCUUUGAAUGCACAUUAUUUUUUUAGUUUAUUUCUUCCUUUUUGUUUUCCAGCUUGUAGCCAAUAUGUUUUGAUUUUUUUGUGUCUAUGUGAUGUUCCUUAAUCUGUAUUUGGAGCCAACAUGUUGGCAGUAAAUAGAGCUGUCUGUAAAAUUAGCUUUUCACUUUUAACCAGCUAGUAUAGAUUUUGUUGCCUCUUGGAUUAUUUUUUUCUAGCAUGUAUGCAUUGUAUUUAUAAUAUACAUUUCCAUAUUUACUGCCCCCAUUCUGCCUUCUGCGUACCCAACCCUUCCAUUGACCUGGAAUAACUGUGAUGACAGCUCCUGUUGAACAUAUUUCAGCCGUAUGUUCCUGGAGGUUUUGAAGAAUGGAGAAAGUCUUCAUAAUAGUCAUCACCUAGAACAAUACUAGGGAGUGAGGGAAGGGAGAAUUAGGGAAACAGAGGUAAACAUUUCAAAAGGUGCUGUCUGGAAGCCGAAAACUUUGUAUGUAUUAAAAAUCAUUCUCUGUCAAAAUACAAAGUGUUCAGUACAAACUGCUUAUAUUGUAAGCUCUAUGGGAUGAAUGAUCUCUGCUAAAGCCUGUACAUUUUCAUAUCUUUGAUCUGUAGCGUGACGUUCACUGUUAAUCACUAAACACGCUGUCUCCAUAAAUUACUAGUGUACUUUGAUUCUGGGAAAAUAUUACAGCUGGCAAGAUGCAUCAUAACGACUAUGAGGUUCUCUGUACGGCUGGUUCUAGCUUCCUUACAAUAAUUUAAAUAACAAUCACCAUUGCUAAUGAAAAUGUAAGUUAAAUAAUGAUUAUCUUGUUUCCAGCACUGGGAGUCCUCCGCUGAAGCCUUCAGCUCCUCUGUCAGGGAGGGCAGCAUCCAAACUUACAUCACUCGCAAUUUCCUCAAAUCCAUGGGUUUGAUUCUGGAGGAUGAAUCCCUUCUAGUGUCUGUCAAGAAGACAACCACAAGAGGUGGAUCUAACCAUGCAAUGUAACUAUUGCAGUUCCUAAAAUGCCUGUGUUUUACAUUGCAGAGUUAAAACUAAAGGCUGUUGCACUCAUACCACUUAAUUGAGAUGAAGUGAUCUGGGUGACUCUAGUGUUCUUUUAAUUUUGUUAAAGGGAUACUAUAGGAACCCAGACUUUACUUCCCCCUCCUCCUUUUCUUUCACCCCGCAGCUGAGAUGUUUUCAUUGGAGGCUUCAAGUGUCUUUAGUGCAGGGGUGUCCAAAGGUAGCUUCGCAGAUGUUUUAGAACUACAGCUUCCAUGAUGUUUUGUCACUGUAAAGACAUGCAAAGCAUCAAGAGAGUUGCAGUUCUACAACAUCUAUGGAUCUACCUGUUGGACACCCCUGCUUUAGUGACUGCCACUAGAAAUAGCAGAAUGAAACUGAUAUUUCUAUCAGAUGAAUCUGAAGAAGACGCUCAGAUCGACAAAGCAUGCUGUUUUGCUGUGCAUGCGUACUAGCCUUCUGAUGCUUUCUUAUGGAAAAUAAUUGGAUUGGCUACGAUCCUCAAUCUGUGUCAUGAGGUGGAAAAGGACAAAAGUUAAGUUAAAAAAAAAAAAAGAUAUAUAUAUAUAGAUUAUAUUUUAUUUUUAUUUUCCUCUCCCUGAUGAGGACUGACAAACUACCUAAACUACCACCAGGGAACUAUAACGUUAGGAAUACACCUUUGUAUUCCUAACGCUAUAGUGUUUCUUUAAGAGAUUUCAUUGCCUACACUUGUUCAUCUUGAGAGUAAUUGCACAUCACGUUUACAUUGUAUAACGCCACCAAUCAAUGUCUUUUCAGCUUAAGCUAUUUGUAGAGGGAUGGUAAAUAGAAUGUCCUUGUUGCUGCUUAGCGAGUGUUGGUUAAUAUUUUCUGAUAUUGUCAUUAGGGGCUCAGAGAUCUGAGGCUUUAUCUUCUUCCAUUCCUUGUAGUAGUGCCUCAUGACCAACAUGUCCUUCCCUGUACCCAGAUGUCUGAUGCACUGGACCUACAUGCAAGUCUAUUUUUAAAUGCUCUAGAAUACUCUGUAUUCAUUAUCGUCUCCCCCCCCCCCCAUAGUCUGAGAAACUGUGAUAUCGAAAAGCAUUCUCAUUGCAUGAAUAAUUUUUAUGGAGACGUGCAGCUAUUAAGUGUCACUGGUUUAAAUGGUAGAAUUAAAUACCAAAAAAAAAUGAUGUCACAAAACAGCUUUUUAUUAGGAAUACAGAACACAUUUCUGCUCAAACAUAGAUUGGAAAAAAAAAAAAAUCAAUGUUUGUCGUGACAUGUGGAAUACGAACCUCCGUUUUAGAAUAUCUCGAGUACCUGUUCCUCCUUUUGGUAUUUAUUUCUACAUUAUUGAGUUAAUUUGGUCCUGGCCCACUUUGGAGAGUGCCAUCUACUUCAUUUUUUUUCGACAGAGUACUUUUAAAUUAGUGUCUCUUGCCUUUUUUUUUUUUUUUUUUUAUAUAUAGUGCCCCUUUAACAGAUGUAUAAUACAAAAGCUGUAUUCCUUGCACUAUCGGAAACUCGUAUGCCCAUCCAAGCCUAAAGUUCAUAUAGCUAUAUAUGUGUACACUAUAGUAUAUCUAUUAAUGUAUAGAAGUAGUCUUUUAUUUUGUUUUAUUUAUUAAUUAACAGACCUAUUUGGGCUCCAUAACAGUUUCUACCAAAUUAAGUUGUAAUGGUGUUUGGAGGUCCAUGACACUAAUUUAUUUCAAUAGAUUGACAAAUGGUUUAACUCCAAAAAGUGCAAUCCACCAAUGUUCCUGGCUUUUCUUAAUGACAGCUGGUGUCUCAAAUUCAGAUAGAAGAAGCAGGGACUGUCACCGGGCAGUGUGCCGCUGAUUAGCUUAAAGGGACACUAUAGUCACCAGUGCAACUACAUGUAUUCCUGACCCUAUAGUGUUAACACGACCAUCUAGCCCCCCUCGACCCCUCAUGCCUCCAUAAAUAUAGUAAAAAUCUUACUGUAUUCAAGCCAGAAGCUGUAAAUCUGCAUGCUGUUAGACUCAGGAAAAACAAGCAGUCUGCUGACAUGUGAUAGCCUGAUCCAAUCACAGUGCUUCCCCAUAGGAUUGGCUGAGACUGACAAGGAGGCAGAACAGGGGCAGAGCCAGCAUGAUUCAAACACAGCCCUGGCCAAUCAGCAUCUCCUUCAUAGAGAUGAAUUGAAUCAAUGAAUCUCUAUGAGGAAAGUUCAGUGUCUGCAUGCAGUGGGAGGAGAUACUGAAUCACAGGAUGCUCGUGCACAGCAGAUCUGAGUGGAUGGAGGCAUAUUAUGCCUCCAUCAACUCCAAAGUCCCUCUGGUUCACUCUGAGUGACUGCAACUGGAGGUGUUCCUAGCUUUCAAUGUAAACACUGUAUUUUCUCAGUAAAUAGUGUUUACAUGAGAGAGGCUGCAGGGAGCUAUAGUUCUCACCUGAACAACCUCAUUAAGCUGAAGUUGCUCCGGUGACACUAGUGUCCCUUUUAAGCAGUCAGCUGAUGCAGAGACUCUUUAAAAAAAAAUAAAAAAAAUUAGAAUUAAAAAACAAAAAGUUGUUGGGUUCCCUUCCCCCCACCAAGAAUUAUUUGCCCUGCUUAUGUCUAUACACACAUCCUUCGCUAGCUUCUAAAUAAAUCUGACUCCUGAGCUCCGACAAUUUGUUCCCCGUGCUGGGAGAGUCAUAGAUCUGCUUACUUUUUAUUGUUUACCUUCAUGAAUCACGAACCCCAUAGUUUGUUUCCACUUAUUGUUCUUUAUGAGUAUUUCCCUUCUUAUCAAAUAUCUUCUGCAACAAAUUCUGCCCGUGACAAGUGGCUUUCUGGAACAUUUUGCUAUUAAAUUAUUACUUUAUUUUCCAGUUGGAUGUUUGUGUUUUUCCAUCUGAGAGAUUGCAGAGCACCUGUAGAAGUGACUUAUUUCUGCUUGAUGUAUAUAGUAGCUAAACUCAUUUAUUUGACUCUAUUUAAUGCUUGUCUUUUCCUGUCUCUCUUCAGAACGUGCUUUGACUGUGAAGAUAGAAUGAGAAGUUUUCGUUAUGAAGAUGCCAAAUCGCUCUGAGAUGGUCCACUUUUAAUUCUUUGUGGUGAUGUGAUCAUUUUCUCCGGCCCCUGAGGACAUUCGGCUGGAUAUUUUGUACCACCCAUUGUAUUUGUGGCCGUGUGGUUUGGGCGUUCCCCAGCCUGUGCGGGGGAUCCCUGGGACUAGCUCUUAUGGUAUAGCAACAUGGACCAUAGCAACAGGGAGAAGGAUGACAGGCCACGGGUGGCUAAAGCUAUGCCAGUACGGACUGGCCAUAGUUCCCGUCCAUCCAGCUCGACCACCUCCUCAGGGGUCCUUAUGGUGGGACCCAACUUCAGGGUGGGAAAGAAGAUUGGAUGUGGGAACUUUGGGGAACUUCGGCUAGGUAAGAUCUUAAUUGUGAUGGUUUAAGUAAUUUUAUUGGGAUUGCAAUAUCUGUGUGAUGAAAAUAUUUUUGUACGUUAAUAUCUUUCCAGUGUGGUUCAAGACAAAUAAUGGAGUGACAUGAACCUGUCUUUCACUAAAAAUCUCAUCAGAAAUAUGUUGCAAUAUUUAUUAUUUACAGCACACACUCUAAAAUGAGAAUUGCUGUGAAUUCAAAGUUGAAUUCUAAAAUUAGGCCAAAAUUGCCAAAUUAGAAAAAUUCUCCAAGUCAAAACCUUUGAUUUUGGGCUCAAAUUUGAAAUUCAAAGUUGAAUUCUUGGCAACUCUUACUAGUUUAUAACAAGGUGGUUGCUCUCUUUAGAAUUUAUUCAGUGAUCAUAAAAUGUAAUUCUUGAUGUUUCAUCCCAGGUCUUGUCAUUUUUAAUAUAGUGUUAUGUUGAAUGCCCUAAUUUUAGAGAUGCUUAUGGAAUGCCUAUUUUUUUAUUGUAAUGACUAGAUGUUGGCUUUUAAUACAGACAUUGUCAUUAAUAGGAAGAUGUUGGUUUACCUAUUGUCCUAUAUAUUAUGUGUUGAGAAAAGAAGGGGGGGGAGGGGGGAAAGCAAGAAAAGGUGGAAAAUAUCAGCCGUGGAGUAAUGAGAAGAAAAAAGACUGGGGUAGGCUUAACCCACAUCACAGGACCUUCUUCCUUCUUUCCACAAAUAAUGGCUGUGAUCUUGGAUCUUUUACAAAUGUCAAAGGGACCUGUUUUACAUAGGCUGCUUUUCUACAUAUUGUCUUACCUGUGUAGUCUUACCUGUUACUGCUGUCUGAGUUCCACCCAGUUAUUGAAUUCAGCUCCAAUGAAAGGUAUGCUCUACAACAGAGCUGGAUUAAUGUCGCCCUGGGCCCAAAGCAGGAAACUGCUAUGUUUACAAUAGGGUUAAUCCAGCCUCUAGUGGCUGUCUCAUUGACAGCCGAUAGAGGCGCUUCCGCUCUUCUCACUGUGAUUUUCACAGUGAGAACACGCCAGCGUCCAUGCUUUCCCAUGGACUAACUGCGCGCGCGGCUCUUGCCGCGCAUGCGUAUUCAGCCGAUGACAUCAGAAGAGGGAGGAGAGUCCCCAGCGCCGAGGGAGCCCGGUGCUGGAGAAAGGUAAGUGUUUAACCCCCUUCCUCCAACUUCAGCCCGGCAGGAGGGGGGUCAUGAGGGUGGGGGCACUCUCAGGGCACUAUGGUGCCUGGAAAACAAGUUUGUUUUCUUGGUACUAUAGUGGUCCUUUAACUGUUUCUGUGAGUGAUAUGUGUGUUGACUAGGAUAUGAUAUUGUCAUGGUGCUUGGGGUCUGUAUGUGCAAUAUUCACAUAUAAAGAUUAACCCCCUAACUGAUGGUUAUUGCAUUGGAUGUUGGAAAAGCCAAAAUUUUAAACAUUUUAUUAUCUUUAUUUCCUUUAGUCCUGCCACCUGCUUUUAAACUCCUCUUUCACAAAACUGUUGAUUUUUUUUUUUUUUUUCUAUAAAAAAUUAUAAGGCAAUAUAUUAAUAUUAUUCUACUUGGUAAAUGAUCACACGGUAAUGCAUAUUCUCUCUGGAUAUGCUAAUAAUACGUGUUGUCUUUAUUAUCUGUCGGGCUGAUUUCCCCAUUUCCAGCCUUUUCCGUUAAUCGAACUCAUUGUACAUUUCAUUGCAUUGUUCAUCCAUGGCAGGUGCUAGCCCCCCUAUACUGUGACAGUUCUGAACAUGGUAAGCCCUGGUCCUAAUUACUGUAUACUCCUACACGCUUCCUUUGCAUAAUGACUCAUUGGAGAAUAUAAUCUGUAUGUGCUUCAUAUAUUAGAUAAUUUCUACUGCUGGCAAUUGCUCCCUGCUCAUUAUAUCACUCUGCUGCCAAAUCUACAUGUUUCACUCCUAAAUAUUAAGCCCUAAACAUUAAAAAUGUUAUGGUUUCCUGAUUCGAGCAGAUUGAACAUUCUCCCUCAAAACACAAACUAUUGGAGGUGCUGCUGACUUAGAGAAUUCUUCUAGUUUGGCAAUCAUUCCCUAAUAUUUAAAAUUCACUUUGAAUUCUCACUCUAGUGAAUAACCUUGUAUUUGUUGCAAAGCAAUUUUGAGUGUUGCUCCCAUUUUAUGUUAAAAGCAUGGUUUUGUGGGUUUUAGAAUGCAAGUAAACCACAGUCAACAUUUAGCUGUGACACAGGAGCUAGAACGACUAAUUUGAUCCAGAUUCAUGAUUUUACGUAGAUUUAUCAAGUGGUGCUUUCAAUCUACCCUUUCACCUUUCCUAAGGUGUGUGGCCCUAUGUGGGUGGAUGUUUGCCUUUACAAAAUUCCUUCGAUAGUUCAAUCAUCUGUUUCCGUAUAUGGAUUUUCACAGUGCCACUUCCUUCCCUACCUGCCUCAUCUUAGAACUGCCAGCCCCCACUUAUUAUUCAGAGUUUUGCUCUGUGCCAUAUUAACCAUUAACCUUUUCUGUCUGCCUUGCAACACUGCAUGGUUUAAUGACCAGAUGUAACUCUCAGUAUAUUUAGAGAGGUGUUUUAUAGUUAGGUGUCAGUAUGAGGUCUCCACCUCCCAUUCCCUGAUAUUAAAAAGAUAAAACCUGGUGCCUUCUUGUCUUUUUAGUACCAUCUUUACUAUUGUGAGGUCAUAGCAGGAAGGCCUCAAACUUACGGUCCCCGGUUCCCUACAUUACAAUGCCAAACCCACUGCAUUGCAUUGUGGAAGCCUGGUAGAUAUUGGUUUUGCUCAUUGAUAAAGUAAAAAAAUGCAUAAACUCUGCUAUGUAUCUUUUCAACGGGAAGCAAUGUUUUCAUGUAUAUUUUAAGUAUGCCAUAAUCAAAGAAAUUACAUGAUGGAGAGAGAGAGUGUGUCCCUGUGAUAAACACAUAUAUAUCCAGAACGAGCAUUAUAUUAAAAGUGCUCUGUGCUAUAAUAGCAUAUGAAUAUAUCCAUGAAUCAGAUUGUCUUUUUGGGUUUUAAAUUAGAUUGUACUUGUUCAUCAGUCUAUGAAGAGGUUGUGAUUUUGAAAUGUGUCCUUUAUUUUGCAGGCAAAAAUCUUUACACCAAUGAGUAUGUGGCAAUUAAACUGGUGAGUAUGUAACUAUUCCUCUGCUCAUUGCAAUUUGCCCCACACCCCAUUUAUUCGGGAUUCUCUGCCUGCUCCUUCCUGACAGAAUAUCACACUUCCUUCCUCUUCCUGCCUGUGUGUAAGUCAUGACUGAUUUCCUGGUUAAGAUGUCAGAGUUCAGGGGUUGGCAAAUGAUGUUAUAGAAUUAUUGUUUCACAAACAUCUUACUUAAAAAAAAAAAAAAAAAACGCACAAUUUGCUGUGAGGAUUUUACUUAUAAAUACCACAAUGGGUGGCAAUGUUUAUAGUUCUGUUUUAUACAUUUCUUUUAGAAUGCAUAGCUACAAAGGUGUACCCCCCUUCAAUAUGGAGAUGCACAGUAGCACAAAACGACUAAAGAGGAAACCCCACCCAUGUGGACAAUGCCAGCCAGCCAGUCUUAUAGUAAAAUAUAACCAGGAAGUCGUUAAUUCUCUCCUUUGUUUACCUGACAUUCUGUCGUCUUAACCUCCCCUUCACCAGCGGGUUGUGAACUGUAUAGACUUAAAUCUCAUUGUACCAAAAAAGUUGUUAGCUUUGUUUACAUUGUGCUUUAUUCUUAAUUCAAAGAUAAAUGUGCUUCUUAAUCAUACUGGUUUAUUUACUAACAUGAGAAUUUAAAAUUAGUGAGAUUCACUUUAAAUUCUCACUUUGGAAAAUACCCCUGAUAGAUCCCAAACUGUGUAUUGUUAUGAUUAUCUGCAAGUUCAUGUCUGGGAAUUCUAGGGAUUGUAGUCCAUGUCCAGAUGGGGGCUGUUGGUUUCCACACCAUUUCCAAAAAGUAAUUUUGUCUCUCGCAAACAAUUUGUGCGUCUUGAUUGAGGGUUACACGGGUCUGCAAUAUGUUUUGUGUGUGUGUUUUUUGUUUUUUUUAUGUUUGCAUGUUUCAAAACAAGCUGCAGAAACUAAAAGGUAAUAAAACACUUUUAAGGAGCUGAUUUAAAGGAAGGAAGCUGUUGUUCUGCCUCCUUGGCUGAGAUCAUUGAGAUUGAUGAUCUCAGCUAGUGAACAUGCGCAGCAAAACGCUGUGCUGUGCUUAUCAGUCUCUGAGACCAUCUGAUAGAAAUAGCGGAGUUAUUUUAGCUGGCUAUAUCUGCGGAGGCGCCUCUAGUGCAUGUCAAGGUGAACAGUCACUUCUCCGAAAGUAUAUCCUAGAAUACUACAUUUACUUUUAAUGUGUAUAUGCAGAAGGGAUUCCAGGCACUGUAAACAUUACAACAUGCUGUCCCGUGGCAUUGUAUGCCAGUACUGGUUUAACGCUUUCCUUUCUGUCAGGUGCCUGCAGACCUUCUGGUCUGUGUUCGUCUGAUAAAGGGGAAGUUCAUUCUUCUGCAUUAUCAUACCAACUCAUGCAGGAUUGAUUGACAGUGUGUCAGCUGCCAUCUCUCAGCUAGUGAACACUGUAUAAACCUUUUAGCAGUUGGUGUGAUAAUGUAGGAGUAUGUACUUUAAAUAUAUCAGAGUAAGCCAAACUUGAAGGACUGUGAGAGCAAAGUAAUAGUUAAACCGUUUGUUAUAGUCUAACCAUGUGCUUGUACUCUGCUGCCCAAAGUUAGAAUCCUAAAACCAGGACUGACCCGCCAAUAUACGGACAGUUGGGAGGCCUGCUAGAACGCAGGGCACCAUACAGCACUCUAGUGGUUGUGGUGCCUAGUGUCCCAAUUUUGAAAUUUAUAUCCCAAUCCAGUUAAGACAACUUGCAUAAAAUUUUUACUUACCUUUUAUUUUGUUUUUAAGUUUAUGUAUUUAUUGAAGCUUAAUGUGUUUUUUUUUUUGUUGUUUUUUGCAAAACAAAAAAUCUCUUUAUUUGACUGAGCGUAACCAUGUUGGCAUAGAUUCUAUUAUUACCUGACCAGCCAUGUGAAAAUUGAAGGGACACUGUAGCUCUGUGUGGGCCUGCAGCUUCUUAGUGAGAUAAAGUAAACCUAUAAAAAAGUUAAAACUAGGUUAGUUAUGCUUUAAUUUUAGGCACAGCCAGGGCACACAUUUUAGUGGGCAAAGACUGGUAAAGCCUAAUGGGAGUUGUAUUCCCAGCUAAUUAUCUCCUUGUUAGCAUUAGUUGGACUUCUCAUUUAAAUAGAGCUUUAUUGUAAGACAUGCCAUACCGUGGCUUCUUUUUUGCUUUAUUUAUUUUUUUAUUUUGCACAGGAAGCUAGCAAUAGUAAAUCAGGCCUCGCUGUAAAUUUACAGCCACUUAUUUCAGAGAAAUAACAAUAUUUUAUAUUGGUUUCAAAGCAUGCUCUGUUUAUAUAAAAACACAUAAGCAAUCUUUCCUGUCAUUGUACUUAGCAAUGUCUUCUAUUCCCUCAAUCUUUUGGAUCUGUAUUGAGAAUGAAAACCCUAAAUAAGGCUUCGUUAUUUAAACGAUAAGUAAUAAAGGCCCUAUUUAGAACUAUAAGUGCUGGUGCAUUUGCAUAGUUAUGACCAUAUCCCCAGUUAUUGUGACAAGCAGAGAAUUAUGAGAAUGAUAUUCCUCCAUCAGUUUGAUGACUAAUUUGUCAGUUUCGCAAAGUCCCUGAUUCAUCAAUUCCUGAAAAGCCAUGAAUUCUCUUCAAAGUGGCAUCAAUCUUUUGGCCAACCUUGGUUGGUUUAAAGGGAAACUGUAAUUCUCUGGCAUUUACACCAUUAAAUCAAACAUGGAAAAUGACCUGCAACUUGUGUUAACCUUUUUUCAUGAGAUGCUCCAUUUUUUUUUCUUUUAAAUUUAUUUAGAAAAUUUAGCAAAUUACACCUAUAGCCUAGUUCGGAGAAAGCAAAACCACAGCAAAUUUUGCUUCUAUGCAUCCUCAACAUUGGUAAUGUUUCAUUCCUCUGUAUGCUUUCUCUGUGCCCACUGCUAGGUUCAAAGGGCAGAAUUUAUAAUUACUGACAUGGCGUUAGAAGGACACUAUAGUCACCAGAACAACUACAGCUUAAAGGAACACUAUAGUGCCAGGAAAACAUACUCGUUUUCCUGGCACUACAGUGCCCUGAGGGUGCCCCCACCCUCAGGGUCUCCCUCCCGCCGGGCUCUAGGGUUGGAAGGGGUUAAACUUGCCUCUUUCUCCAGCGUCGGGUGGGGAGUUUCCGCCUCCUCUUCGGCUGAAUGCGCAUGCGCGGCAGGAGCCGUGCGCGCAUUCAGCCAGUCCAUAGGAAAGCAUUCUCAAUGCUUUCCUAUGGACGCUGGCGUCUUCUCACUGUGAAAAUCACAGUGAGAAGCGCAGAUGCGCCUCUAGCGGCUGUCAAUGAGACAGCCACUAGAGGCUGGAUUAACCCAUUUAUAAACAUAGCUUCUCUGAAACUGCUAUGUUUAUAGAAAAAAGGGUUAACCCUAGCUGAACCUGGCACCCAGACCACUUCAUGAAGCUGAAGUGGUCUGGGUGCCUAUAGUGGUCCUUUUAAUGAGUCUAGUCAGUCAAUGCAGACUUUUUAAUGUAAACACUGCCUUUUCUGAGAUACAUUGAUACUGGAGGUGUUACUAGGCACCAGUCACUCAGGCUUUCACUAGAGGUGCUUUGUGGGUCCGCGCUGACGUUCAGCAUCUGCACUCUCUGUAUAUGGAUGCACUGAACUUCCCCUAUAGAGAUGCAUUGAGGAGAUGCUGAUUGGCCAGCGCAAUAUUUAGCUGCACAUGUGCAAUAGCGAAAGCAUUGGAUUGGCUGAGGUAAUAAAGUUUGAUCUCCGCCAAGGGGACGAAGCGUAGCCAGCCACAAGCAAAAUUGCUGGUGAGUAAAUAGCCUUUUAAACCCGAGGCAAGAGAGGACUGAGCACCUAAACAUUAUUAAAGCGGCACUGUCAUGGCCAAAUCCAUUUUUUUAUUUUUUUUUAAACCCCCCUCCCGACUCCAGUACAUCUAAUUGUCCCCCUAGUUAAUCCCCUAAGCCCCCCAUAUUAUCUACUUUUUCAUCUUUAUUUUCUGUCUGGACCUAGGUCCUGGGCGCCGCCAUCUUUGUGUGGGUAGAGGAAGUGCCUGUGGGACAUGUCAUCUGCCCACACUAGAUGGGCUGCCUCCUAGUGUCCCCCCUCCCGAGCUGGCACGGAUGGGGGCUAUUAAACUGAAAGGGGGGACCUAAUGUAGACGGCACAGAUUGGGCUUUACAGGGCGGGGAAAGGCUUAUAAAACCUUUCCAUGACCUGCAAUUGGGCUCAGAGCGCUCUUAUUGGUUAGUUUAAGCCAACCAAUCAGAGUGCUCAGACAGGUAAAUGAAAGCUUGAAGGCUUGAAAUCCAACCAAUCAGAGUGCUCUGUGUCAUUUUACACAGCGAAACGCGUCUCGGCUGGAAGAUAGGAGCAUCUUUAUUUUUAUACAUAUAUUUUUAUUAUAUUUAUAUAAUUUUGUUUAUUUCUGUUUGUAAGUUGUUUACAUAUUAAAUUUUGUUUUAAAUUGAUACUCAUCUUCCAUUGUUGCUGCUUAAAGAAGGGUGGUAGCCUCCUUAAAGGCACAGAUACCUACAUACUGAGAGCCAGGUAUAGGGCUCCUUAUCAGGUGAGAAGCCAAUAUUUUAUAUUUAUUCCUUAUUAUUGGGACUCACUGCACUAGGAUUUUUCUUCUCCCUUGUGUUCCUCUUUCAUAUAAAGGACCUAUUGACGGGUAGAGAACCGAUUUGGGUUUUGUGUCGCCAGAAGUACACAUCUGCUGUUGAGAUCUGAGCCUAUCCUAGAGGGUUCAGUGACAUGUGAGUGAGUCUAUAUAGAACAUUCAACCACUGUGCUCGUCUCAUUACGUUACUUGCACCAUCUUUUUGUAUUUAUAUUUGUUUUAGAUACGCUGUCGCUGAAGUUUUCAUAUACAUACCCAUAUGGGUGAGUUGAUUAUAAUUUGAGCGCUCCACUUGUACACCAGGGGUGGUUUUCUGCCAAUUCCUCACGGAGUGUUCACUUGACUUUUUAUGCUUAUGUAUAGGGUAGAGAGUCCCUAUUUAUAGUGGUAGCUGCUAUUUAUAUUUACUGUACAUUAUAAUAAGCGCCUUGUUAACACACUAUUCUUUUGUAUUUUUGUCAUUUUACACAGCAUGGGAAAAGUUCUUUGGAAUUUUCCCAUGCUUUCAAUUUGAAUGGGUGGGGGCCGGGGGUAGGACAAUAGAUCUCCCCUCACCCCUUAUUAUAAUUUAGGGCCCCCAUCCGCCACUCAUUAGGUCCCAAUUUAGGUCUUUCAGCUUUUUGGUAGAUAGCUCCCUAAUACCGUGGGGAAUUAAGGAGUUAUCUACUAAGUGGCUGCAAGAUGCAGCCGCGGCACGAAUCGUAUCAUUAUUUCAUUUGAAUGGAAUUCGAUCCGAGCAGAGUCCCGAUUUGUGUCCUAAUGCGAAUGGAGAAACUGUUCUCAUUCUGUUAUGACUUAAUUCGGUAGUUUCGCCAGCGUUCGUUCUAAAUGACUGGACAUUCGGGAAUACUGACAGGAAGCAUCUCGAGAUCACGGAGGAAAAGUGAGAAUUGUGGGGAAAUUGCUUUGACCACAGAAAAUGGAGCACACCUUGCGUCUCCGCUGGUCAAGCGUAGGGAACCUCCAUAAGACAAAAUAGUCCCUACAUUUUCUUUUGUUUUAAAGAAAACUAGAGCAGACAUAAAGAAAUGAAGAAAAGAUCCUGACAGAGAGGGAGAAGAGGAAUCGAUUGGGGAAAGGUAAGUUUGGCAUGACAGUGCCGCUUUAAGACCUAUGGUGUCAGGAAUAUACAUUUGUAUUCCUGACACUAAUAUUUAAUAGAGAUGGUGGCUCCAAAUUGAAGGAUAGCCAGGUGUGAAUUUCUACUUUUAUAUUUAAUUUAAAGGAACACUAUAGUCAUUACAACUUAUAACAAUCUAACUGAAGUUGUAGUGCCUACAGUAGAUCCCCUUGUAAUAGAGCCCUCUGCAUAGGAGAGCUUGGACUUUUACUUUUCAGCUCUCCAUACCAAGGCAUAUAGUGACGUUGCAUGUGCAGUACCAUCAUGCCUUGUCAGAAUGAAUUAUUACAUUCAGUGAUACUCUUUUAUAAGAGAAUCAUUGGCAUAUACUAGAGCGAGCACCGCGCACGGAGCAUUGGGUUUGUUCCUCAUCCUUGGGCGCACCCCAUGUUAGAUCUCUGGCUGCAAACCAGUCACACAGUCUGUCCCCUGAAUAAACUGGUUCCACUCCCUUGUAGCCUGGAACAGAACAUUGUUUGGAUGCAAAACGUUGGCCCGUUUGUCAAGCAGCUUUGGCUUUAAUUUUAGUGCAUGUGAAAUCAGUACAUUAGAUUUGUUUAAAAAUUUUGCAUAAUUGUUACCAGUUUUUAUUUAUUGUUAACACUAAAAAUCCAUGUCCUCAAAGGUAAAUGAUUUUGUUUAUUUUUUUUAUACACAUAUAAGUAUUAAUACAUUGUAUUAAAAUAAAAUAAAACAUGCAUUAACAAAGCAUGUAUUCCUCUGUAUGCUAUAACUCUGUGUUGUAUGUUAUGUACUACUUCGUUGCCUCAAUAAAACAUCGAUUGACAAUUAAAAAAAUUCACCCAAACAAUUGUCACCAAUGAUAUUGGCAAUUUUAGAGAAUCCAGAAUAAUUAUACAAUUCUGGAGAAAUAUGUUCCUUACAUACUGAUGUUUACAGCUACAUACAGCUCUAGGUUUCACAUUUUUAUUUAAAAUAAAAAGCCUUUUUGUAGAAAUAAAUACAAUUCUGUAAAUAUUGCAAUUACUUAGAAAUUCUUACACUGAAUGUAUUACAGCUAUCUGAAGGAAAUUUAUUUGAAAUGUGUUAACUAAAACCUGAGAGAAGUGAGAAACCUGUUUAAAGUAUAUUUAAAUAAAAACCCCAGAAAUACAUGUAUUAUGUGUGGAUUCUCUAUUGCCUUUCAAAACAUGAUGAAAGGAUUGUUUUAUUAAAAACUUUGAGUUGACCGUUGUGUCUGUGCAAUGCAGUAGUGUGCAUUGUGCGUGAACACCUCAUGUCCUCUAGCUUGUAAGCAUGUUUGUUAACCCGGAGAGUCUGGUGCCGGGCCGAGAUACACUUGCAUCACUAGUAAUGUUCUGUACAUCCUAUCACACUGGCCUAUGUCUGUUUCGUAAAAUCCACCAGUAGAGAUACAUUGGGAUGUUUGAUGGAGCACACCAGUACUAGGUAUUCUGCAGAUACCUACAAUGUUGGGGGGGUUGUAUUGUUUUUUUUGUGAAUUGCUGCAUUUAUAAGAUAUUAUUUGGGAGUACUGGGAACUGACAUAUAACAUAUGCUGUGUAAUGAACAUCCAUUUCUGGUGCCUGGGAGUUUCCCUUUAAGUUAGCGUGUUGUGUGUGUGAUCAUCCCAAGUUACAGGCAGUAUAAAUCGCUGGGUUAUCACAUCAUAUCAUAGUUUCUGUUGCCGUUUCCUUUCGCUAUUUUUGAUGCUAAUUUUAGUUUUUUGUUUGGUGUACUUUGAUUUUAUUGCUUUUAUAAUCUUUCACUCCACCCUCUCCUUUUAUCCACAGAGUUCACUUGUUCUCCAAUUCCUGGCAUUUUUACCCAUGAAUCAUUUGACCUUUUCUUUCACUUGGUUUCUUUAGUUUUUUUGCUUGUUUGUCCUGUCUCGCUCAGAUCAGUCUAAUCUCCUGUACAUUGCCUUUCUAUUAGCUACUUCAUCCUGUCUUUUCCCAGUGCUCUUGUCAAAAUGCUGACACUGGACAUCACUCCACACAGAAGCCUUCACAAAUUACAGCUGCCUCCUCCUUUUAACCCCUUCGUAGCAACGAUUUCUUUAAAUCCAAAUAUAAAAUGGCAGCAUGUCAUGAGCUAUAUAUACAAUUGUGAUGCGUUGAAAACUAAAUUGCAAAAUGUAUGCUAAAAUAGCCAAGCUAGGUCUGUUGCGAAUUUGGAGAAUUUUACCAAAUCAGCACUUUUUACACCCAAGUUUUGCCAUGUUGUUUUAAUUUCAAUACAAGUUUGUGUGUAGUGAAUAAGUGCUCACUUUGAUUCUUGUGUACACUCUGUGUAUACAUUUCAUCUUCUGGUUCCUGAAAUGAUUGAAAUUGAUGUGCAAUACCUGUAUUUACAUUUUUAAUUCAGUCUUUAAAGAAAAUGUAAAUAUUGCAGUAUAUUACUUAACAUGUGACGUCUGGUGAUUUGAUUAUACCUUAUCUCUUCAACAGGAACCAAUAAAAUCACGCGCUCCACAGCUUCACCUGGAAUACCGGUUUUACAAGCAACUCGGGAACACAGGUAUUCAACUCCUGCAGCUUCAUUUGUGACUGUAAUAAAGGAAAUUAGAGCAAAGUUAUUCUAUGUACUGCUGAGAAGGUAUUCUCAGGUUACUGCCAUACAGGUUAUCCUGGCCUGUCCUCUAAUAUUCAAAUAACUCACCUGCCUAUGGAUUUGUCAUAAUCGACUACAUCACUGCCUUGUAUUAACAUUAAGUAUUGCAGGCUCAUUAUGGUUGUAUCCAAACAGUCAGAAUAACAUUCUACAUAUUACAUAGAUGUAGAAAAUACUGUGUGGGUACGUCUGGCUUUAAAACUACAUCCGUACAUCUGAUCAUAGUACUUAUCAGCUGUUUUUGCUUAAAAUAAGUUUCCUUUAGAAAAGCCAACACUGUGACAAAUUUGUAGCCUUUUUUUCAGGCUACAGUAAUGCUGUUAAACAACCUAGCUGUGGUUCCUGUGCAAAUUAAUGGGAGAAGCACUAGUGCAUUCAGUGAUAGCAGAGAGCUGCUUCCUAUUCAAUGAAAAGCAGAUGGCAGUACUGCGCAUGCACAAGUAACUCCCAUUCAUUUGCUGGGGAGAGGGGAAUGCUGUAUAUACUAAUUAUAAGUGACCUGUUUUGUGCAUCCUGAUAAAUGCAAAAGGUUAUGGUAUGACUUUCUUUCAGGAAUGAAGGAUCAGCCAAAAUAUUAAAAUUCUGUGCUGUACACUGCAUGAUACACAACCUGUUUUUACAGUGAACUACUAGAAUCAUAUACUGCUGUGUGGUGAUGUUGUCUGAUUAACAUGUUAUUGCGCUUUCCUUUAUUUGUAUGGAGGAAGCAUUCACACAUGUAGUUCUCUGUAACAUACCAAAAGAAGUAUUGGGAGUCUAGUCUGUGAUAGUGCCUCUAGUUUUGCAUAGGCUAACCAGAGAAGUGUUGAUUGUGUACUCUGUUACUAAAAUAUGUGUAUAGUUUCUCUAAAUGUUCUAACCUCCUUUACAUGUCACAGCUGAUGGGCUUCCUCAGGUCUUCUACUUUGGGCCAUGUGGAAAGUACAAUGCCAUGGUACUGGAGCUUCUGGGCCCAAGUUUGGAAGAUUUAUUUGACCUUUGUGAUCGUACCUUCACUUUGAAGACUGUGUUGAUGAUAGCCAUUCAACUGGUAAGUGAAAGUCUCCGUGGCAAUAAAGUAACUGUAUUUUUCUUACUCAUAAAAUAUUUAUGAACUACUUCCCAGCAACACAAUUCUUUUUGUCCCUGUACUGUCGUGAGAAUAUGGGAGUUGGCAAAACCCUUCUGCUAAAACGGGAAAUCAGACUCUGCUUCUUGUUUAAUACUUGUCCUACCGUUCGCAUAGUAAGUAGGGCCUUCAGCGUGUCUGUCUAACCCCCUACGGUCCGUGCUUCUGUUGCGGAAAUUGUUAGCCUAGUUGACUCUGUUAAAAAGUAACACCUUGACCGAGAUGGUCUAAAAGUUACCAUUACGAUUUGCUUUUUGUCAGUCCCUACUUUCAAGCAGUGAACUUCUGUAACAUUGAAUAAGGCUGUAACAUUGAAUAAGGCUGUAACAUUGCUUUUUAAUUGCAAUUAAUGUAGCAAUGUGGAUUUAGAGAAGUUGAAAUAACAAAGUAAAAGUUAAGUGAUUUAUAUUUUCAAUGCAUUGUUCCUGAUAGGCAGCUACAAUUUAUUAUAAGCCAGGCACUCUCGGUCUACUGAGCGGGAGUUUUAUCGGAUUGGUUAAAAACACCAAGAAGCUUAAUUCUCUAAAGCACAUGGAUUCAUACAACUGUAAUGAAAACAGGUCCUAGAGAUUAUAGCAAGAAACAUCCUGUAUGUUUUUUUUUGUUUGUUUUUUGUUUUUAUUAUAAUUCUGUUUUACUUCAAUGCCAUUAUUUGGUUGAAUUGGGUUUUGGCUAACUUAAAAAUAUACAAAUAAACAAAACGUUGGUGCCAAAUAAUGCAGAAAAAAAGUCGCCAUCAAGAAGGGUUAUUCGCUUAAUUGUGAAUUGUUGGGAUUUCAUCAAGGAAUGCAUAAUUUAGUCAGCCGUGUUGCCAGUUCAUGGUCUUUUGGCUUUAAAUAAGAAAUUCCUGAUAAUUUUUCUCUUUUUGGAAUAACUCUGGAUAUGUUAAAGGAAUUCGACAUUAUUAAAAGCUUUUUUUUUUUUCUUUUUUUUUACAGACCUUAAACAGUUCGUCUCCAUCCUCCUUCUUGGUGGAUGCAGGCAUAUCCCAAAUAAUUGCAUGAAAUCAUAUGGAUUGCAACUGUUACUUUAAUGUUUAACAUUAUGUGCUUGUGCUGUAAUUAUUUUUUUUUUUCAUGUUAUUGUUUGCAUGUUUUUUGAAACUUUUAAAUUGUUUGAUCUGCCAGGGUAUUAGGCCCAUUCAAUAAGCUGGGACUUGCCACCCUAGUGUUAUUAUCUAAUCAUGCUGCUGUGAGUGACCUCACCUUUGACGCAUUGAUACAGCACAAAGAAGCAUUACUUGUAGAGUUCUGGUUUACACCAGUAUGUUCUAACAUGCAUACAAUAGGUAGGGCGUGUAUGUAAAUGUAUAUAUUUUCCAUUAAACCCUUAAACUUGCUUGUAUCGUUUACAUGUUUGUAUUUCACUGUGAAGGUUUUGUUCUCCAGUUCCAUAUGUCAAGUUCAGAGCAUUCAAAUUACCAAAGGGUUUUAUUUUAUUUUUUCUUUGAAAUAUAAAAAAAUAAAAAAAAAACCUCAUUAAAAAAGCUUUGCAUAUUUCAGGAUCCUUUGAAAUCUUCAGUAAUUGCCAUUUUGUUUCCCUCAUAAUCCUCAAUAUGACCCAAUAUAAUCUGGUUUCCAUAGAAAUUGCACAGCAUUUUAUCUCCAAAUUGUUCUUUAUUCCUAAUUAAGGCUUCUGGUUAAAAGGAUACUCACAAACCCCAUAUGUUCAAAAUGGCUUAAUUUGUUUUCUUGUAAAGAAUUACCUGGUCUAGUGAUAGAAUAUCCUAUGUUGUAACCAAUACCUUUAAACUUCUCUCCAGAUUUCAAGGAUGGAAUAUGUACACUCCAAAAACCUCAUUUACCGGGAUGUCAAGCCAGAGAAUUUUCUGAUCGGUCGUCAAGGCAACAAGAAGGAGCACGUCAUCCAUAUCAUAGACUUUGGUCUGGCCAAGGAGUACAUUGACCCGGAAACCAAAAAGCACAUACCUUACCGGGAACACAAAAGCCUAACCGGAACAGCCAGAUACAUGUCCAUCAACACUCACCUAGGGAAAGGUUUGCAUUAAUCUUUAUUUGCCUCUCCUCCCUGCAGUGGCUCAGUAUGAAAGUUGGACAUAUACUAUCCCAAAUACGGUUUAACGUGUCCCCUGCACUCAAUUCUCCAGUUUUUCCCCAUUGAAUUUCUGCUGGCACACUUUAUAGUUGAACACUGGUUCAAAUACAGCUUUCUAAAUAAACACAUGCAUGGUUUACAUUUUUUUAUUUUAAAAGCUACCUUCCUGUUUUUUGUUUUGUUUUUUUUUGUUUUUUUAAUUGAAACUGAGUUGUUGAUCAGUAAACCAUAAGAAGUCCCUUCAGUGCAAUUCUUUAAAUCAGUUUAUGCUGUUAAAGGAGCAAUGGUCACUUAACAUGUAAAGUAUAUGAGUGCUCAAUCUUGAAAUAUGGAAUAUGUAGGCACUGAAUGUUUGCAAUUGAAGACACUUUUGUCCCACACACUUUGCAACCUUACCAGAGUGGGCGGUGGAGUCACCAUGCUGCUUUGUCUAUAUAGCAACACAAUCCUUUCCACCACUGUCACUGCCAAAUUUGUUGUGACCAUUUUCACCCCUAGAACAGCAUUCCAUGGCAACAAAUGCAGACAGAUUGUCCAGGAAUAUUCCAUCUAACUAGUGCCAGCAGUCGGUGUGUACCCAUCUUACCCGGAGUUUUACUUGCCUAACCAGGAAGUGGUGCACAAUGUGUUUUCACCCGUACGUUUGUUUUGGACAGGCAGCUUUCCAGAAUAGGAACAGGAAAGUAAGCAUUUGCUGAUGAUCAGAAGACAGGUUUGAUGUGGCUGUCAGACCUUUUGUGCAUGAUUGUUCCUUUAUUCUGCUGUGUUGCUAGCUGCUCUGGCAGUAUUUGUAGCACAUCGCAAAUUGCAUAAUAGGAAAAUUUCUAUGGCAACUGCUAUGUAAAUUGUUAUUACAACAGUGCGGUGAUUAUGAUCUACUUUAUCAUUAGCUCCUCCUCAAUGUACCCAUGACCUCCAUGAAUUAUCAUCUAUGUGUACAAAGAGAGACAAUAUGAGGGUUUAUUUACUAAGCAUUAGAUUUAAAACUGUAGAAUUUCGAUUUAAAUUAACAAAGCAGUGACAGAUCGCUCGAGUUAAGUGAAUAAGCCCGCAUACUGCAUGUCUUUCAGUCCCUGAAUUAAAAUGUUGAUCUGGUGGUGAUAUAUAGGUUUUAUACAAAACAAUGAAGGCCAUGCACUAUUUAAAUAUCUAUUGCAAUAUUUAUCAGAGAAAAGUGUGCUAUUGUGUAGGUUUGAGUUGAACAAGGUGCAGUCUCCAGGCAACCAUUCCUCCACAUUUAAUACUUUGCCCCAGAAUACCGUAAGUUUUACCUUUACUUAAUAAGCCCAUAUUUGUCUUUUUUUAGAUAGGAGGCAUUGUUUGUGUGGCUGGAUUUUUAUGAAUUCAAUAUGCUGUUUUUUCUUUUGAGGAUGUCAGGUCACACUUUGGUUUUGUCCUUUAACAAGUGUAUAUUGUGGUACCAUCUAAGACAGUGCUUUAUGCUUUUGGUUUUACUUCCCACCAUGAUCAGACUUUUGAUUGUGAAGUUAUAGAAACCAUGAAGACGUUCUCAAUAAGAAAUUAAUGACAGCAAGCCAAAAUAUACCAUGAUGUCUAUGGGAACGCUACACUGUAAAGCCACCGAUGUCCUCGAUAAUUUUCUUUGUCCUAGUAUAUGAUGACGUGAUGAAAGAAUGGGCAUUAGUCUCUAGCCUAUACAUGGCAAAUCUGCUUAAUGGCGGUAAUGUGUCUCUGAUAGGCUUUCAUACAAUUGACCGUGCGCAACAUUUCAAGUCCACAUGUCUAAAAGUUACUUGCCAAUACAAGUCUUGAUGGUCCAUGUCACUCUCACCAGGGGUGAAUUUUUACUUGCCAAAUGCUAGUGUAUGGAUUGGGGUUUGAGCUCUGCUAUAGAUAUUGCUCUUAGGUCUAAUAUUCCAGGAUGCCUGAUUGUUCAUUACAAAACCCAUCUGAUAUUGGAAUGCAUUGGGAGAAUGCAUUGGGAGAGCAUGUGCCCAAACUUUGUUUUAACUGGGUACAUUUACGAAGCACCCAAAUCAACAAGGUCUUCAACCUCACAUUCGUUGGGGGGCAUACUCUAUUUGGCAUACUCAAAGGACCACCUGACGUAUUAGGCUUGGAAAAUUACAGGUCUUUAUCUUCUGUAUUUACAAAGGGAACAACAUUUGCAAAUUUGGCAAUUUUUAUGGACCUGCUAUUUUACAUAUGCUCAUAGGUUUGGUGGCCCUUUCAGUAUGCCAAAAAAAAAUGAAAUCAAAGAAUGAGAUUAAAAGUGCCUCUUUAUUGGUUGAUAUCACAUGGGCUAAUAGCAAUUAUUAUUUACCUUAAAAUGGAACUCUAAGCACUCUAUCAAGUGCAGUGUAGUGAUUAUAGUGCUAGAAGACCCUUUUCACUGUCCCGUGGUAAGUGGUCAAACCACUGCCUGUCUCUGUUGGGUUCCCACGUUCUUCCGGUCUCCAGUGAUAUGCUAAACAUAAAGUUCAUGUUUCUUCAUUAGCAUUAUCAAUUGUGUUCAACUUUUGGACCAUAUACAUUGUUGAGAGUAUCUGUUGACGCCACCCGUCAAUGAAUAAUGUCCAAACAUGCAUAAAAAUGUAAAGAUAUUUGUAUGAAGUUACGCUGUAGCAUGUCCAUGCAGACCAAAAGGACAGAGCCAGAUACUUGUCAUACUGUUCAUAAAUGGUUUGAUAGAUUACGGUGUAACAGCACCAGGAGAUUCCUGACACCAUGACCACUACAGUACCCUGUAGUGAUUGUAAUACUUAGACUAUCUCUUUCAUUUUAAAAAAUUCACAUCUUUAUGGGUACGAGGGGGUCUGUAACAAGGUCCCUUUAGAAUUGAUCUUUUCCCAAAAUAAAUCCUGGGUGGUGUCCAUGCUUCCUUCCUGGCUGUCUCUCUCUGCUGACUGUUGACCAAGGCACGUGAAAGAACAAAUGAAAAUUCUUGGCCUUCAUAUUGUACCCUUACACUUGCUACCUGAUGCAGAAAUUCCAGUAAGGGCACGGUUAUUUUAGCUUCUCUAUUCUGACUCAUGAGCAUGAUCAGAACAAAUACAGAUGUCAGUUUCUUUCACUGGAGAGCAAGUCUUUACAUUUCAAUCAAUGAACCACCGUGUGUUAUGUGUAAUCAGUCAGAUAUUAUUGUGCUGGGAAACUGGUAGAAUGCAAAAUGAAUGGAAGAGGCCAGCAUGUAAGACGAUCAGACCAGUUAAACAGAAUGGCAUUCCAGGAGGAUUGAUGCAUGAAUGUAAAUAUAUUUUUAUCUUUUAGAGCAAAGUCGGCGAGAUGACUUAGAGGCUCUGGGACACAUGUUUAUGUAUUUCCUGCGAGGAAGCCUUCCGUGGCAGGGCCUGAAGGUUUGUUAGUUGGUUUUUUUUUGUGGGGUGGGGGGGUGGGGGGGAGUGUUUCUACGAUUUGAUCCUUUCUUUAUUUUUAUUUUUUUUACAUUUUACUUUUUAUGAUGUAUUUGCAUACAAGAAAGAGUAUACAGUGUUACCAAUGUCUAAUAAAAUAUGUGACAUAUAUAGUAGUAAAAAAGGAAGGAGCGCACUCUACCAUAAAACAGGGUGCUAAACUGAGCUAGGGCCAGCACAACCCACAUAGAAAGUAUAAGUUUGACAAAGACCUGAGUGCAGGUCGAAACGUUGCUGUGCACUUGAUGUUCCAUUAAAUUCUGCUUAUUUUUUCUUUUUAUACGUCAUAUAUAGUAGUAACCUUGGUUAUACCUAAUUUUUAGAAUGAACCAGGUGUCCCCUUUCGAGCAGAAAAUGUAUGGGUUUUUGGUAUAUCAGUCAUUUUCUCUGCUUGUAAAUCUCAGAAAUCCUUCUUUCAAUCCAUAAUAGGCCUUUAGUAGUGUUUUUUUAUUUAUUGCAUUUCAUGUCCAAUUUGUAGCAUUUUCAAACCAAUUACAUUUUUUGAUGGGAAAUGGCCAAAACAAUUCUUAUACAGAAACCUAUUUCUUAAUAUAUGCAAAUAUUUAGUGUAGAUGGCACCAUAUGGCAUUGUUGUGUUUCAGCGGCAGUUUACCAUAAACAAGCAGGCAAUAGGUUUCACGGAUUAAAAAUAGCAAAUGAUAUACAUCCAGUCUGCCAUGACAGUUUUAUAAUAUUACCGGUAGUUAUUCUGCACACAUAUUUCUGAAUCGUAUAACUUGUUCUCUAUUAGAGGAACAUGUAGGCUAGAACCUUAAAGGUUCUUAAAUUUACUCCGCUGUUUAUAAACGGUUCACUUUGGAAGCCAAAACCUACUCAGAAAUAAGACGCAUCUAUUGAUUUCCUUUUUUUGGGGGGGAGGGGGAGUGGUCUUCCAUCUGUAGUCAUGUGAUACCAGGACAACAAGUAUGACCCAAGCAGCAUAAUCGGCUGUAACAAACAUGUUACACCUAAUGUAUUUGAGUACCUGGAGACAUCUUGCCCUGUUUUAAUGCUACUUUAAUUGUUAGCCAAAUAAAAAGUGAUGGGAUACACACGGUUUUCCUUUCUAGAUUGUGGCACAUGGGACUAUAUAUCUUUGCUCAUGCACAAUAUUUUGCAUGCUUGUUGAACUAAUUUCUUGAUAUAUUCAUUUUGCAGGCAGACACUUUGAAGGAGCGCUAUCAGAAGAUUGGUGACACAAAAAGAAACACUCCAGUUGAGGUUCUUUGUGAGAACUUCCCAGGUGAGGGGAAUGUAUUAACCAACGAGAGCACUUUGAUCCUGGGUAGGAUGUUCUUCUUUGGUUGUUUAGAAGCCAGAGUCCCUUCCAGUAUUGUGCUUUACAAUAUAGUCCUGCAGGUUUUCAGUAACCGUGUGCCUGUUGGAUCAGUUGAGGUAGUGGACCUGCUUUGUUUUAUGAAGACCAAGUUUGUACCAUGAUGGACUGGAUUGAUAACUUUGGCACUUCAGAUCUGUAGAAAUGACACUCCAUACAUGAGGUUAUAUAUGGGAUAGUGUGGGUAUGCCUACACAAUGUUUGUGUAUAUGUAUGUAUAUAUCAAUGGAAGAGUGUGGGUAGAACUGUGUGUAUGAAAGGUGGGUAUGGCUGACUGUGUGUAUGGUAAAUAUGGGUAUUGUUACCUGUAGGUAUGGGGUAAUGUCAUAUGGCCAACUGUAUGUCUUUAAUGUAUGGAAGAACGUGGAUUUGGCUGCUUAUCUAUCUGUGUAAGAGUGUGUGAUCGUUGCAGCAUGAAUAGCCACUGGUGUAAUACUGUGAAAAUAGUUUGUUUUUCCCUUUUAAUUUAGUAGUUCACAUGUACUCAAACAUCUAAUAUCGCUUCCUUCCUCCAGAGGAGAUGGCUACUUACUUGCGAUACGUGAGGCGGUUGGAUUUCUUUGAGAAGCCAGAUUAUGAUUAUCUACGGACACUUUUCUCUGAACUCUUUGAACGGAAGGGAUACACCUUUGACUAUGUUUACGAUUGGGUUGGCAGGCCAAUUGUAAGUAAACAUAAUGGACAAAUGAGACAGGGCUGUCUCAAAUAUUUAAUGUGAUAUUUUAUAUAUAUAUAUAUAUAUACAUAUAUAUAUAUUAUGCAUUUAGGGUUUCUCUGCUUAUUGUUUUAGCCAUGGAGACAGCAUGUAUUUAUUUUUAUUCUUUUCUUCAGCCUACCCCAGUGGGAUCCGUCCAUGUAGAUUCUGGGACUUCCGCGAUAACUAGGGACAGCCAUGGGCACAGGGAGAGACCGUCCCAAACACAGCCUCUUAGGAACCAGGUCAGUACUUUUUUGAUCUUUGAUCGCAAGCUUUUCAUACCAUGGUAUGCUAUUGGUAUGCCUAUCUUGGCCGCUUUACCUAUCAUUAACCUCCUUUGCUGCCAAAAGGAGUCCCUUUCGGUAGCAUAGGCAUUUUUUUUGUUUGUUUUUUGUGUUUUUUUUCUAUUCCAUGAAAGGUUUUUCACACCUUUCCUAACCUUUCUUACCAAGGGCCACAUUGUUCCCUGGGUUCAUAAAAGGCAUCAGUCUGCUGAUUGGAACAGUUGAGCAAGGUUGUGAGAGACUGGAGAUUACAUUUCAGACCUGUCAGUGAAAACACAAAGGGAUUUACUGUCUUGUCAAUUCCCCACAAUGAUGUAAUUAAGUAGUAGCUAUUUGUUUCAGUGUCCCACUGUUUCAUGAAAUUGUAUGAGUAAAGUUUUCUCCCUCCAUACUACCUGUUUUACUCUUGCCUUUAUUAAUGCAGUAUAAUAAUUUUACUGAUUUAUGGUCAUUGAAUCAGCAAAAUUGUCACUUCUCUAUAUUUUGCAUUACACAGUAGCCAACUAAUGGCAAACUAUGUGGUUAUUUUUUUUCCCCUUCAAUGCAUGCCAGCCCUACCAGUCACAACCAGAGUAAAUUUCAAAUUUAAGCUUGUGGUGCCAUAUAGCAGGGCAGUCCGAUUACCCUAUCUACGGUACAUAAUUGUUCCUAGUUUGGUAUUGCUGCCAUGUAAAAAGAAUCCAGCUUUUGUGUGUUAAGGCAAAAAGCUCAUUGUUACCCCCAUCUGCCUUCUUUAAAUAGCUCCUAUAAAGCAUGUGUUUAUUCUGUAUGCGUACUGGUUGUAACAGUUGCAUUCUUUGCUGCUUUAAAAAACAAAAUCCGUAAACCUUGUCGGAAACUUCUACUGCUUCCAUAAAAAAAUAGUUUUACAGUCCCAGGGGUUUCUCUGUGUUUGAUUAUCUGUCACUUGCGACAUUAGGAUGUUACUCUGACUACAGCAGAGGACAACCCUGACACUGUCACAGAGAUACUUAACUCAUCUGAUGUGAUGGUUCUACUGUUUACAAUUGUAUAAUUUAUUCUCCUCCAUCUCCCAGUUCUGGAUACUGGCUUCCUCCUAGCUAUGUGCAGUUAACAUUAUUGACUGCCCUUAAAUAAUCUGCUGUUUGUGAGGUUAACUGUCAAUCAUUACAUUUUGUACUUUAAUUGCAUGCUUCUUGCAGAGCAGUGGUUGGUACCUAAUGUCAGCCAAUCACAAAGCAGCAUAUAUAUUGGUAUUGUCUGCACCAAUCACUGCAUGAUGCUUUGUUGGAGUUCCUUGCUGAACUGGCUAGCAAUCAUAGUCACUCUAAUAUGGCAUUGCUUGACAAUAAAUUAACCCCAAACUUUACCCUCACUUCCCCAGUUAUUACUCAUUCACUGCUGCUACCAUGUGACUAUGCAAUGCAAUAGACAAUUAAUUGUGAUCAAUAACAGUACCUUUAAAGAAUUAUAGGUUCACUAGAGAGUUCUUUAUAUUAUAAUCAAAUUAAGAUAACUUUGUGUUUAUUAAAAAAAAUGAUGUUAAUACAUUCAAAAUUAACUCAAAGAAGGCAAAGCAAACAGUUACACAAACUAAGGAGAACUUAAAUAAAACAUUUAAAUCCCCAAUUUAAAAACCCCAAAGAUUGUGGGAACUUUUAAACUUGUAGUUUCCUGGAGUCCUUGCUGAUGAGGUUAAACAAAAUACCAGGGUCUAACUAUCCGGAAACAUCACAAUAUAUAACAAUUCUGUCUCUCUAAACCAUUCCAUUUCAAGUCUUGUGUUCCGAUUAGAGGCUUGAACCAAAGGUGUAUGUUUGCAUGAAAAUACGUAGAAACUCUUCAAACCUGGCAUAAAGAUAUAUCAAUCAUUAUUUUCCAGCUUUACUUACCGUAGUUGUAAAGAAGGCUGGGUUAUUAAUUUACUGUCCAUUGUUAUUAGAUAUCCCCUUAUUUAACAUUAUCAUGACCAGUUUGGAUUCACAGAUGUUUUUUGCAGGAUAAAUAUCGGAGUCCAUUUGGAGUUUUCACUCCACAUAAUCGAUUUUUUAAUAAUACCUUGUGAUCUUUUUUUUUUUUUACCCGGGUGAUUGAUUUUUCUAGUGUGCUUUUACAUGUCAUUCCUUAUCUAGAUCUGUAUGCACUGGGUAAGGAUUGAAGAAUGCCUCAAACACCCACUGCUCAUUUUAAUUUCGAAAAACAUGUUUUUUGGUUUUUUUUUACUCUUACACACUUGAAAUGAAUAAAAUCAUGCUCUGUGCCUGAAAUUUCCUGUUAAUUUAAUGUUUCGAUUGUGAUUAUAGAAUAGCAGAAUAUCAUUGCUCAUUAAGACGUUAAUGUGGAUUAGGAAAAUAGGCUGCAGUUUCUCCAUAGCCUGUAUUUACAGCUUGGUGGUGGAUUCUGAUCAGCGGCAAGAGCCAGUUCAUCACAGUGAUUAAUUAAUUUACCCAAUGAAUCGUCCUGUUAGAACAGCUACUCCAUCCCAGCUUGAGUGGAUUUACGUUCCUUGUUAAUCAUAUUGGCGUCACUUCCAUUUGUUUUCUUUAAAGCACAGAUCGAUGGAGAAAAUAUACUUUAUUAGUUUGGAUAAAAAGAUUAUCAUUGUAGCUCAUGUUUAACAUGUACACACCAUGCCAUUUGUAUAUACUCUUGGACAGGGGAGUAAUGUAUAUGAAAUUAGUAUUUAUAGUAAGGUGGCUGAACCGAUUGCCUUACCCUUUUUCAUGUAAAUUUGCAAUUACUGAAUUUAUCAUCACAGUAGAUUCUUAUCUGCUUCCGGAGAUGACGACAUUGCAUGUCUGGGAGGUACAGAUCCUCUUCAUCAAUUCAGUGUAUUUAAAAUUUGAGACAUUGCAGGCCCUGGUCAAUACAUUUUUAUUUUUAAAUCUUUCAGGUGGUACUGCACUAAAAUCAAUCAUGCAGAGUAAAUUAAUUUGGGGAAAGCACACCUGUGAAAACCCACAAUUUGUUGCAAAUUCCUGGUAUCGCAAGGGAACCAGAAGAGUACUCUGACCAAAUCUUUGUCCUCUCUCUGGGAUUUAUGGGAUAUGUAGUUUAAGCUGUCAUAAGUUCCUUCAUUUAUGAAAAUCAUUGUAUACAAGUAAAAGAAAAUGUGGGCUUGUAUGUCCUGAAAGGAGCAGAGAUUUUACACCCAUCUACAAAAUAUUGGGGUUCCCUUGCAAGUUUGAGAUUUAAAUGGAUACUUCAAGUAUCACAGCCAUAACCGCUUAUUAUAUUGAAUAUGGUGAAAGGAGUCUUUGGAUUUAGUCACGUUAGGUUUUAUUAAAUUAUAUUCAUAUUCAAGCACAAAAACUGACCUUCCUGGCACUCAAGGCACACCUUGUUUACUUCACUUCUGCAUUCAGUGUAGACAUUUGUGGAAUCUGGACAGCAGGCUAAAAUGAUUAUGGUGCUUAGUGUCCUUUUAAUCAUUCCCAGGAUUAACUUAGCCAGGUAUUAGGCUAAUUAUUCAGAACAGCAGUGUUUGGAUGGUUUAAUUUAUUUGUAUCUCAUAGCUGUCAGUUUCUCUCCAGUCUCUCAUCUCCCUUGUCGGGCCUAUUCAGGUAUUCUUAAGGCCCUAUAAAUACACAGUAUCUAAGAACUGUUAUAACCUUUUAAUUGCGUUUUAGAAGUUACUACACAUUGACUGAUACUUUUGGGUUCCUUAAGAGGAAUGCAUUUUGUAUUGGGUUAUUUUGUAACUUAUAAUAUGCUUGCUUUGCUUUGCCCGGCCCUCUCGUGUCAAGGUAGCUGCUGAUUGCACAUAUGGCUCCCAUUGGCACUGAGACAGCUGGAUUCUGUGCUUGCAGCAUGCGGUCACAGCUUGGCUUUCUACCCACCGCCACUAACAGUGCUCUGUUUCCAUUGCUUUGGCCUGGCUGAACCCCUCCUUCCCUCUCAAAUCCUUCCUCUCCACCACACCUCGCAAACGCAUGCUUCCUAACGCCUCUGCGCAGACGGGCGCUCCAGAUCGUCGAGGAGCUUGGGAAUUACAGGCCAGCCGGCAGGCCCACCCCGCUUACCUGGCACCUCACCUGGCAUCUGACCGGCAUGGGGGAUCUGUUCAGGUAUUAGACAUUUCAAAUGGGAAUAUUUUGUUAUUUGUAGUAAGUGUGACGAUGACUAACAAAGUCCUGAUGUGAUUGUAGAUUUAACCUGUGAACCACAAUAUUUAAUUUGCAUUCAUAUCAUCCCUGUGUGCUUGGGCAUAUGGUUAUAUAUUUUUUUUUUUUUUUACCCAACCACAAAUGAGUGUCACAUUGGAGCAUAGGAGUCCCAUUCAUUAAAACAAAACAAAAAAAACUUUAAUAAAAAUCUUUCUUACAACAUAAUCCAUUGUACAGCUCAGGACAAAGCCACCUAAAUGUGACCUGUUGUCCGAAAGAUAUACAAACAAAACAAUUACAGAAAUCAUCCAGGAAUUACGGAAUGCUCUAUAUGUUGAAAUGUUGGCAUUUUAAAAUUCAAGUCAAAAUCAGUGAACUACAAAGAAUUGUCAGCUUCGGCUACGAUAUUAGUUAAGCUAUUUUGGCCUUGAAAUAUUGAAUUCCGUUGGAACCCCUGACCGUUUAUACUUAAGUAAAAACUGCAUCUUUCUUGAGAUGGAGUUCUCCCCAUUUAUUCCAAAUAUUCUUUUCCAGACACGCUUUUCCAUACCUCAUUUCAAAUGGACAAAGGGCAGGGCUGUUCUGAGAAAUAUUCAGUGAUUUACUAAUAACUUGUAUAUCUACAAUGUUAUUUAGAACAUGAACAGUUAAUCUUAUUUACACAGACUGAUUUCUAAACACAUUUAUUGUAGGUAAGACACAUUGCUAUAAGUAUUAUUGCUGUGGAGCUCUGUUAUGCACUCACAGAGCAACAAUACAAAGCUCCUAGAAAAGAGGGAUUUGGGCUCAAAAUAGGGGCACUUGGGAGGUAUGUUGUUUAAGCCGUUAGAAUAUGCGAGUUCCAUGUGGACUCUAGUUGUGGUUCUUUAGUUUGGGAGUCUUAUCAGUGCAUGUUUAGUAGUAGACACACUUAGAAUAGAUUUUAUUGUAGAAUUUCAGUAUUGUUUCUAAAAACCAUUCUCAAGGAACCUUUUAAUUUUGACAAACUAUAGAAUAGUUGACAUCACUUGCUUACAGGCAUCUGGUACUCUGUCCAUUGUGUACAGCUAAAUUUGAUUUUGAGUUGAUAUGUUAUUAAACUGAGUGUUGUGUGAGCUCGAUAAAGGUUCCAAGAUACUGGUUUGAGAUUCACAUCUGUAGUUGAGCAUUCUAAAUCUGUAAACUGUCCAUUCUCAAUUAUAAGUAAAUGUUUUCAACCCACAGGUAAUGAGUUCAACAAAUGGACAGCUGAAUGCCGACGACCAAACAGGAGGUCACUCCAAUGCACCGAUCACAGCGCAGGCCGAGGUGGAGGUUGUGGAGGAAGCUAAGUAUGUGCCCCUACUCUGUCACAAGACCACAUCCCAUGCCUGCAUGUCUCACUUGUGUAUCCUUUCCUGUCUUCCUCAUUUUCCCCACAUUUCCAUCUUGUGCCUUGGUCGUCUACACCCAUUUACACCCACCUCCUUUAUUGCAGCCGCUUAUGCAUGCGGAUGCUGAGAUUCCUUCGCAAAGUAUAUCAGAUUGUAAUUGGCACCAUUGUCCCAGCAGAUACAGUCUUGCACUCAGCUCACACUAGUCCUCGCAAAGCAAGUAGCCCAUACUUGUGCUUUCUUCAUCCUAUUGAGUUUUAUUGCUGUGUCCAACAGAUUUCUCAUUCUGCUGUCAAGAGGCACUUUGUAGUGUUUUGUAGAUUUUUUUUUUAUAUAUAUAUAUUUUUUUUAAAUUUUAUUUAGUUCAGCUUUGUUCCAGGUUUUAAAAAACAAAAACAAACGAUGGGAUAAAACAUGCGUUUAUGGGUUCUAAUUCUUAAACCAUUCACUACGCAAAAAACAUUAAAUUCCUCAGAACCUUACAAAGCACCCUGUAGUGUACAUCUUUCUUGACUAUGUUUAACCUCUGUUUUGGGAAAGGUGUUUAAGUAAAUGUGACCUAUACCUUGUGCUGGCAAAAUUACAAAGAAAUGUGAAACCAAAUUGAUUUUAAUUUUUCACCUCACUAUAACCUAAUCAUCCCAACCUCGUUUAAUAAAUGAACGGCUGCACAGGAGAGUAUUUUUCUUAAGACGUCGGCUGAUUUUAGUAGAGGUGGCUGAGGGCAAAAUACAGUUCUGUUAAUUGCUAAAUUUGCAACUUGCCAGUACUGUUGGUGAACAUUUAGUUCAAGAUCAUAAAUGACCUACGAUUUUCACAUAUUGUGACUCUCUUUUGGCCUUGCUGUCCAUCAUGCCUCGUUAUGGUUUCCUUGCUGCUUAAAAUAUAUUCAUUUUUCCCCUUGAUCUUAUUCUUUGACAUCAAUGCAAUAUGAUGCACAUGCUUGCAUUCUGCUAUCUUUCCUGCCUCUGUAACCAAUUGAGAGGCACCUUGUUAAAUAUGAAGCUUUAUAUGUUUUAUCUCAAGGAGAACAAACUUGAUUAUGCAUGUUAAAUGAAGUGAGAACAAUUAGGGACCGAGGUGUUUGCAGCUGCUAGCCUUUGAUCUGGUGUAAUUGGCCAUAAAUCAAAGCGGCAAAGUCUAGAAAUAUUAACAUAAGUAAAUGUGUUUUUAUUAGAGUAUUGGGUAAUGCCAUAAAAUGUGCUAGAAUUAGAUUGGCAGAACACGGUACCAAAGCUUUCUUCUUUUAUAUAUAACUAGAGGUUUGCUGAUCUGAAGAUCAUUUAACCACUUUAGACUCUGUGAUUACAUUUUGUGUCUUUUUAUUUUUCUUCUGUUGUGUUAAUGGUUUAGCCUGAGUGUAUAUAUGGACAGCCCCAGCCUUCGUUAACCUUGAUGUAGAGUCCCACUCUUAUUAAUCAGCAGCAUGCUGUUUGCAUGGCUACAUCCCUCAUCCCCCUCCUCAUGUCUCUUGGGUGUAUUAAUAUUUUUCUUUCUCUCUCUGUCUUUUAACACACUCUGUAGCUGCGUGAAAAUGCUCAACAUGUGGUGAGUCUCUCUCUCUGCUGAACACACACCAGGGAGAGGACCUCCUAAUCAGGAAAUGGUCCAUGGUAUUAAUGCUAGCUUCCUGGUACUCUACUCCCUGUUAGACAGUCCAUCCACUGAUUAGCUAAAUCAUUUACUUGGAACCCAGAAAGCGGGAGUGUUGCUGGAAGAGGCAUGCAGUGUGAAUUCAUUUUGUAUUAUUUUAUUUAUUUUUCUUCUUCUUGUUUUGAUAUAUUGGGUUUUUUUGUUUUGUGUCUGUCCAAUCCUCAUGUAUAUUUUGCAUGAUCUGUGACUGUCUGACUCCUCUGUUCUUGCAAUAUGUCUCUAUGUAUGUAUGGCCUCUGUCUGCUACCAGACAAACAACACUUUAGAGCAAUUUUCUCACAUUUCAAAUCAGAUUUUCCAUUUAUCUUUGAUAGAUAUCUUGAAUAUUAGAUUGUUUCUUAUAGCAUAGGUUGCUAAACCUUAACGCCUUCACUGCCAUCUCCAUGUAAAAACAAGUGGGUAUGGAUCAAACAGGUCAGCUAUAUUUACAUCCUUUACCCUAAUAUUUAUUAAAGAGAAAACAUCACUGACCAGAUUUUUUUUUAAUAUUAUCUGGAAUGUUUGCCCUGGCUUUGCCUCUCCCAAUCUUGGUUAUGUAAUUUGCUAAUUAUUUAAUAUAAAUAUAGAAUAAAUUAAAGCACCUCAUGAAAAAGUUAUCACAAUUUCUAUGUGAUUUUAAAUGUUUUAUUCAGUGAUGCAAUUCCAGAGUAGAGACAGUUACCCUUUUUACUACUCCAGUGGUUGUGAUUACCUGGCUGGGGUGAAUGAUUUCUAUUUCUUUCGUUUGGUUUUUUUAUUCUAAAAUAGUGGCUAAAAAUAUUUUACAUUUUAUUUCUUCUAAUAACCCACUAAAGUUCCCUUUGGUCCCCCUACCAUCCCUCUUCUAAUAGUUUCAUUGAGAACCUAAAAGUAACUGUCCCGGCUCUCCUAUUAAGAGGGCUUCCAAGCCUUCAGGUUAUUAAAAUACUGUAUAACAUAACAUUUUGGAGUUAGAUCAAGUUUUUGUAGUGCCUACACUGUUCCUUUAAUAUAUCCUUUUAAAUAUACAGCAGUGACACCUCAUGGUGCAUCACAGAACUGCACUUUGGGAACAAAUAUGCAUUGAAAAUAAAUCCAGUUGUGUCAAAGUAGUGUAGUUAAUCAGAAUUAAAAUAGGUGCUGCUGCUGAACUACCUUAUAUGCAAUAAGCUAAUAAGGUUUAAGGUGUUUGGAGGUUUGUUUGUUUUUUUCCGCAGCACUGAAUAAAGUUUGGGGAUAUGUACCUAUUUAAAAUGUAGAUGUGCAAUUUCAUGUUUAAUAUGUUCCCCUUUUCAUCUGAUCCUUGUAUGACACAUUAUAUGUUUACAUCAAGUUGUAGGCUGUCUCUAAUAUUCCCUCCAUAUGUUAAUCAGUGCCCUCUGAUAUGGGUAUAAAGGACCACGUCUCCAUCAGGGCUCUUUAGCAAACAAAGAAUUGUGGAACGUUGAUCAGGGGACCAAGGCAGUUGAGCUAGUAAAAGUUAAGAUGCGGAAUUCUUCCUAUUCAGUGAUUCCAGUUGCCAAUUCUCAAUCAUUCCUCCUCAUUACUGAUAUUGGUGGUCUUUCCUUUGUCUGCGCAUGCACACAGCUGCACUGUGAAUGAUGAUCCACAUGGUUGUAUCUUUUAAAAGCCCUUUAACUAAAAUGUGAAUCUGGAUCGCAUUUUAAAAACAGGACAUCCGUCAACAGUUUAUUUUCAGAAUUACUUUCAAGAUGUCCAUCCUAAUAAUAGUGUAGUCAAGGCUAGCCCAACCAUUUAUGCAAACAAACGAACUCAAAAAGGAAGUAUGAUGUAGUGAAUCCUGUAACUGUAAGCACUGUACAAUUUCAUCCUAAGUUAUAAGGUUUAAACACAUUGUACUGUUUUACACUGACCUAGGUCUAUCACAAUCGGUCAUCUGACCUGCCUACUUUUGUCCAUAUCACAGUUGAAAGAUGUCACAAACAUGGCCACUCCACGCAUGCACUUGACUUGUCUCAUUGGGUGCAAGUAAAAAUCAUUUCUUCUCUCUCAUAAUUCAAAGAAAAGUGUCUUAUUAGAUAGGACUCAUGGCUACACUGAUGAGUUUGUCAGAUAUGGACAGCAAGGCUUUCUGUGGGGGGGGAGCAGGAAAAAAAAAUUGUUUUUACAAAAUGUUGUGUGAAAAUAAAUGCUUUGGUAGGUGUCUGUGUUGGCAAUGUGAGACAGUGCAGAGUGUUUUUGGAUGGGUGUCAGUGUGGUGUGUGUAGGUGUUAGUGCAGUUUGAGUUGUUGAAUGUUUGUGUGUAAUUGUGUACAUGUCAGUGUAUGAACAUUAUUGUGUAGUAUAUACUAUGGUUAAUUGUUUUGAGUGUCUGUGUGCAUUAACAUGUAACUAUACUUUUUUAAUAUGCUGAAAAUUACUCCUAUACUAAUAGUGACUAUGCUUCGUGUAUGAAGCUUUUUAACCCCUUAAUGCUGUUCUAUGACUUAUUUAUUUAUUUUAUUUUUUUUUAACCCUGUGCUCAUCUGAGAAUCUCACUGGGCUCUUUUAAUUAGUUUGCUAUCUGGAAGGCCACACUUGGAUAGCCUUUUAUCUUAGUAUUUCACUAUAAUUUAUUAUCCAACUGCCCUUUGUAUGAGUUUCCAUUUAGUAUUGGAUACAGUGUUGGUGACAUUUUCAUAUAGACUUCUUUUGUAUUCUAUGAUCGAAGGUAUGAAUGGUGGGCAGCUCAUAGCUCGUCGUUGUCACUGGUUUACAAACAAAUACUGAAAUGGAUUGUUUUUUGUCGUUCUCACCGUUGAAAGUUGUACACAAACAAGGCCACUACAGGCAUGCACUUGACUUGUCUUAAAACUUGUGUUAAAAAGCACUAAGCCUUUGUACUGAAUACAAAUGACUGAUAAAAUUCCCUAAUUAAAACCACCUACACCUAUCCUGAAAUUAAAGCUGCCACCACCUAGACAUUAGACAUUUAGGUUAUCUUCACCAAAACUAAAUUUAGUCUGAGAAUAUUUAUAUAUAUAUAUAUAUAUAUAUAUAUAUAUAUAUAUAUAUAUAUAUAUAUAUAUAUAUAUAUAUAUAUAUAUAUAUAUAUAUAUAUAUAUAUAUAUAUAUAUAUAUAUAUAUAUAUAGGCACCAUUGUUUUUACAUGUGUGUGUAUAUAUGUCCCUUUGGUAAUGUGAUUCUUCUUAAACCAGACAGACAGAACUUAAUAAAGUUCUGAACAAAUACAGUUUAUAUAUCAUAUUUUCCAGAAUAUAUAUGCUGUAUAUAUUAAUAGAAAUGUAGAGAAAGGGAAAAAAACUUUCAAUGUCUUACCACACUUUAGUGUAUCUUGUGCACCCUUUAAUAUCCCCUGCAGUAAAUCCUGAACUGAUGGCAGUGGUCAAGAACCGGUUUUGGAUCUGUUAGCCAGAAACACAAGGACCCCCUAAAGUGAACACUGACCUGGCUUUCUCCACCCCACAAUUCAGGCAAAAAUGAGUCUUGAACAGAGCUGUAUACAUAUUGCACACCAUAAAUUGAUGAUUAAACAUUAUUAUGCAGCUUGCCUAAGACAAAUAUAACUGUGUGUUGGAUAGUACGUUAGUAAAUUAGUACGAUCUCAACCAAACUUUGUCAAAUCACAAUAUUGUUCACCUCCCCCUGCUGUCCUUUCCCUUGCUGUAUAGUGUCCGCAUGUAAAAUAACUGUGUACAUCACCUCUCAUUCCUUCAUAUCGUAUCUAUAACAUAUACUGUACAUUUCAUUCUCCAGAGUGGUCUUCCAGUGUUCAGAGAAAAAGUCCACUAAACCAUGUCUAACUGUGGUAAUAUAGAGCAAAACACACAUUUCAUACAAUUUAAAUAUGCAUCCUAAUAGAUAGAUUUGGAAGACAGACCUGUUCUAUUCGAUGCUACCUUUCUGUAACUUCACAAAGGAAUUGAUGUCACCAAAUGCCAAUCAAUGUUGUUCCAUUCUGCCAUUGUGAUUGGUAACGCCAAGCCGAUAAUGGCAAUCCAUACAAACAGGGUUAUUCAACCAUCCAGGAAAUUUAGUUUGAUACCAAAACAGUGAAAUGGGGGGGAGGGAGGAGAAUGUCCAACUAUGCUUUUUUCCAGAUCAGCUAUUUUAUUCUAACAUUUUCAGUUCACCAUUUAGUUCCCAGUUCUGUGAAUAGCCCUGACUGUUUUACUUGCUGGUUCUGUUAGUGAAAAUGUACUAAAAAUGAUGGCAGGUAGCAACAUUUCACUUCCUUGGGGAUCAUGGGAUCAUAUGUGCAAAUGAGCAAGGUGCUUUGGUAAAUAGUUGUGUAUGUGGUUUUUUUUUUUUUCUCCCACUCCAAAGUAGCUGUUCACUAAGGUCCAUCUAGUCUGAAAGGUGGAGAUACCUAGAUUCCCCUAGGUAGAACAUAUCAGAUUUUUUUACUUGUGCCAUUGUGAAUUGUUCCAUUUAGCUUGCCAAUUCCUGUUAUGGAAAUGUGGCAUCAAGUUAUUUGCAGACAACACUUUCAGGGUUAUUCUCUAAAGUGAUUCUGAGUGAAUUUCAAAUUUAAGGUCAAAAUUGCUGAACUGGAAAAAUUCUGUAAUUCAACUAUGCUUCCUGUUUGAUUACGGUAGCUUUAACGGGACACUAUAGUCACCAGAACAACUGGAGCUUACAAAUAGAAUGUAUAUACAAAUGGCAGAGGAGUAUAGCUGAUAAACACAAUACCAUAAUGUAAAACUGUAAAUGAACAAUAAAACUGCGCCAAUAAAGUUAAACUCACAAGAUGUAGAUAGUAAGAACGCCUUAGGUUGCCUCCCUUUAGAUGUUUGGGGUGUAUCCAGAACUCCCUCUCAGCCGGUUGGUGGUGUCGCCACAAUAUGGAAGUCUGUACUCAGGAAAUUGUAAAAAAUAUCUGCUUUAUUGCAUAAAUAUAAAAGGUAAAAAAAAAAAAAAAAAAAAUGGUCCAACAUAAAAUGAUGCCACAUAAAAGGAAGGACUGGGGGAGUGACGGGUUAUGUUGCUAUUUUGUCCUUUUGUUUAGGAUAUUUCAUAUUUACAAUUUGUUUUUACUAUUGGGUCCCUGAGGAAGUCUUUUGUUAGACUAAACAUGUUGGACCAUAUUUGUUUUUACGACAAGCCCAAUGAUGGGAAAAAAAUGGCUGCCGAUAACAUGACCUAAAAAUUCAGUCUAAUCUUACUUCCUUUGUCCUCCUCAUUUUUCACUACCACAUAUUUAUCUGUUCUGUCUACAUUUUACUGUUUCUUGCUAUACAGCUAUAUAUGAAUUUUUUACUUUAUUUACAACCAUCAGUUAAGCAAUUAUGCCAUUUUGGCGCCGUUUUAAAAACACAUCAGCUGUUUCACUCCCUUUAUAAACCCAGACCUGCCAGGUUAUGUUCUCUGCAUUUCCACUUGAAAAAGCCUGCUAGCGAAACGCGUUGUGGACAUUUUAAACUGUAUUGUAUUUUAUUCAAGGUAUUUUGGUCACUUCCUCACUGUGCGUUGCCAUUUAUUUAUUUAUUUAAAAAAAAUAUAUAUAUAUAUAUAUAUAUAUAUAUAUAUUAUUUUAUUUUACCUGGCUUCUGGGUUUUAUCCUGUUCCAGUGCGAUAUUACUCCAAAGAAUCUUAGGUGGGGAUUAUACCACUCAAGCCCUGUACACUGAGCAGUCCUCCUGCUCAUGUAAAUGUGAGUAACCACUUUAUAUUUUAUUUUCUGUUUCCUGAUUUUAAAUAGAGAGCGCUAUUGCUGUUCCUUUUUAUUUUCAUAUGACCCUUCCUUAGACAAGACAUUACCUCACGAAUCGUAUAAGUGGGGUUUAUACCACUGUAUGCACUUCAUACUAGAGCUAGUCAAUUAGCUCUAUAAAACGGGAGUAGGAUCAUAUAAGACUUUUACCAGAAUAACACCUGAUUGUUGAAUAUACUGCAACAUUAGUUGUCUUUUAUUUCCACAUACGGAAUGUAAGCACAUCUUCAACUUACAGAGCUGUUAUCCCAUAUUCUACAUUUUUGUUGGCUUCUACAUACAGUCCCUCAAAAGACAUUCUUGAACUCUACUACUGGACUUUUAAUCACUUAGACUAUAUUAUUAUUAUUUUUAUCUACUUUGCACUUUAUUACUGGCGCCGCCUAUCUACUACCCUCUACCCUAUUGCUUUGUCUACCUGUAAGGCAUUCUGAGGGAGCCUUACUAACCUGGUUUGCUGCCCAAUUAUCCAUUGUUUUAUCUGUACCAAUACCUUGAGCACUGACUCAUCUCUACCUUUUUUCCCUUUGAUAUGUUUUUUACCUUUUAUACUUUUAUGAAAUAAAGCAGAUAAUUUUUACCAUUUUCUGAGUCCGGACUUCCAUAUUGUGGCAAUACCACCAACCAACUGAAACAUAGAAUGUGACCGCAGAUAAGAACCAUUCGGCCCAUCUAGUCGGCCCAAUUUUCUAAAUACUUUCAUUAAUCCCUGGCCUUAUGUUAUAGUUAGGAUAGCCUUAUGCCUAACACACGCAUGCUUAAACUCCUUUACUGUGUUAACCUCUAUCACUUCAGCUGGAAGGCUAUUCCAUGCAUCCACUACCCUCUCAGUAAAGUAAUACUUCCUGAUAUUAUUUUUAAAACUUUGUCCCUCUAAUUUAAGACAGUCCUCUUGUUGUGGUAGUUUUUCUUCUUUUAAAUAUAGUCUCCUCCUUUACUGUGUUGAUUCCCUUUAUGUAUUUACAUGUUUCUAUCAUAUCCCACCUGUCUUGUCUUUCCUCCAAGCUAUACAUGUUAAGAUCCUUUAACCUUUCCUUUUUUUUUUUUUUAUCCUGCAAUCCAUGAACCAGCUUAGUAGCCCUUCUCUGAACUCUCUAAGGUAUCAAUGUCAUUCUGGAGAUAUGGUUUCCAGUACUGUGUAAAAUACUCCAAGUGAGGUCUCACCAGUGUUCUGUACAAUGGCAUGAGCACUUCCCUCUUUCUACUGCUAGUACCUCUCCCUAUACAACCAAGCAUUCUGCUAGCAUUUCCUGCUGCUCUAUUACAUUGUCUGCCUACCUUUAAGUCAUGAGAAAUAAUCACCCCUAAAGCCCUUUUCCUCAGAUGUUGAGGUUAGGGCUCUCUCAAAUAUUCUGUACUCUGCCCUUGGGUUUUUACGUCCACCUUAUAAUAAAUAUAUUAAAGAGAAUGGGUCCAAGUACAGAUCCCUGAGGUACCCCACUGGUGACAAGCCCAUGCUUCGAAUAUACUCUAUUAACUACAACCCUCUGUUACCUGUCACUCAGCCACUGCCAUACUCGUUCAACAAUAUUGGAAUCCAAACUUAAAGAUUGCAAUUUAUUGAUAAACCUUCUAUGUGCAACAGUGUCAAAAGCCUUACUGAUAUCUAGGUAAGCAAUGUCUACUGCACCAACCUGAUCUAUCAUUUUAGUUACCCAAUCAAAAAAAUCAAUAAGAUUAUUUUGGCAUGAUCUCACUGAAGUAAACACAUGUUGUCUCUGAUCUUGAAAUCCAUGUGAUUUUAGAUGUUAAACAAUCCUAUCCUUUAACAUGGUUUCCAUUACUUUCCCCACUACUGAAGUAAGGCAUACUGGCCUAUAGUUGCCCAACUCCUCCCUACUACCUUUCUUGUGAAUGGGCACACCAUUCACUAACUUCCAAUCUUCUGGGACUACUCCUAUUAACAAUGAUUGGUUAAAUAAAUCUGUUAAUUGGUUUGCUAGUACACCACUAAGCUCUUUUGAUAACUUUGGGUGUAUUCCAUUGGGUCCCACUGACUUAUUUGUCUUUACUUUUGACAGUUGAAAUAGAACCUCUUCCUCUGUAAACCCACAUGUAGCAAAUUACUAAUUUGUCCUUUUUCCUAACUGAGGCCCCUUUCCUUCCUUUUCAUCUGUAAAUACUGAACAAAAAUAUUCAUUGAGGCAGUCAGCUAGACCUUUAGUCUCGUCUACAUACGUUCCUUUUGGUUUUAAUCUAACUUAUCCUUGUUUUACUUUCCAUUUUCUCAUUUAUGCAUCUAAAAAAAUGUUUUGUCCCCUUUUUUUACUGACUGUGCUAUUUUCUCUUCUGUGUGUGAUUUGGAAGCUCUUAUAACUUGCUUAGCCUCUUUCUGCCUAAUAUUAUAGAUCAUUUUGUCUUCCUCACUCUGGGUUUUUUUAUAAUUCCUAAAUGCUAACUUUUUGUUUUUAACUAUUUUGGCCACAUCUGCGGAGUACCACAGUGGUUUCUUGAAUUUUUGCUUUUACUGACAAGCCUAAUGCAAUUUUCUGUUGCCUUCAAUAGUGCAACUUUUAAAUAAUCCCAUUUCUCUUGGACUCCAUUUGAAUUGCUCCAGUCUGAUAAUGACUCCUCUACCCAUAUUCUAAUUUUAGAAAAGUCUGUUUUUCUAAAGUCUAAAACUUUUGUUUUUGUGUGGUGUGACUCAGUCACUGUUCUUAUAUUAAACCACACUGACUGAUCACUGGAUCCUAAACUUUCACCUACAGUAAUAUCUGAUACCAAAUCUCCAUUUGUUAACACUAAAUCUAGUAUGGCCUCUUUACCAGAUGGCUCCUCAAUGACUUCUUUUAUAUACAAUCCCAGUAGGGAGUUUAGAAUAUGUGUGCUCCUGGCACAAGCAGCUAUUUUGGUUUUCCAGUUCACAUCGGGAAGAUUAAAGUCACCCAUGAUGGUAACUUCCCCAUUCAUUCUCAUUUUAGCUAAUUCCUCAACUAGUAGUUGAGGAUUGAGAGGGAGUUCUGGAUAUACCACGCAAACAUCUAAGGGGAGUCACCCUAAGGCGAUCCUACUAUCUACAUCUUGUGAGUUUAACUUUGUUGGCGCAGUUGUAUUGUUCAUCUUCAGAGAAAGGGCAGUGUUUACAUUACAGCCUAGUGAUAACUCCACUGGCCACUCCUCAGAUGGCUACUACAGGUGCUUCCUAGGGCAGUGUUGCACCGUGAGCAGCAUUGACAUUCAGUGUCUCCACCCUCUGCUUGGAGACACUGAACUUUCCUAACAGAAAUGCAUUGAUUCAUUUCAUCUAUAUGAGGAGAUGCAGCUUGGCCUUUGGCUGGCUUGUGCUGGCUCUGCCUCUGAUCUGCUCCUUGACAGUCUCCAAUGGAAAGCAUUGCGAUUGGCUCAAAUCACCAGAUCUGAUGACAUCAGCCAAGCAGGCGGUUCAGGGGCAGAGCCAAUAGCAGCAGACUGUUAGGGGGCUUAGAUGGUGGUUUUAACAUUAUAGGGUCAGGAAUACAUGUUUGUGUUCCUGACCCUAGUGUUCUUUUAAAUUUCAAAUUUACUUUAAAUAACAGUGUAUGUGUCCUUGCAAAGGACUUCAAGAAGUAGUACUUCUGUAUUUGGCUACAUUAGACACAAUAGGCAGGCAUUACGAUGAAAACAAGAAUUUAAAACCCAAAGUGCCAUACAUGCAGAUACAGAAUUAUGGAAAAUUACCAGAAAGUAGUAACAAACCGCAAAUUAACAUUUGAUAUAGCAUUAUUUUAUUUUUUUGUGCAUUUCUAAUGUGUUUUUUAUUUAUAUAUAUAUAUAUAUUUUUUUUUUUUUUUAAAACCUCUUGAGACUGAGACACUACUUGAUCUCUGACACAAAUCAGGACAAUGGUUUCAUUUCUUUACUAAGUGUUAAAUUAAAUUUAUGAUUGGGACUUGAAGCCUUUAUCUUGUCCUCCAUUAUUGUAAAUUAAUGUUCAGUAUUUUCUACUUGUCUCGGCUGCCCUAGAAGUUUUAAACUCCCAUCUCACUUAAGUUAUAAAGAUGUCUGGCAAUAUAAUUUAAUAUGUAUUUAAAAGCAAAAACUUUGUUUCUAACCCCUACUAUUUGUAUUCCGUCAUAGGUGCUGCUGCUUUUUUAAAAGGAAAAGGAAGAACCACUCUCAGCGACACCACAAGUGAACUCCCAGAAUCCUGUGGGGAAGAAAUUGUGUGGGCUUGGCAUCUGCAGUGUCACGCUGUCAGUGACUCCAGGGCUUUGGGGGAGAGAAGACGUGGGUUCUAUUCCACAUAAAACCAGAGGGGAAUAAAGAAAAUGAAAUGUCAUCGACAUUAUCCUGAGGCCGACUCGUAAAUGGUUACUGAGACCAGGUGCAAUAACGUUUGGCCCUCUGUGUCCCAAGAGGAGAUUUAGGGCCUUUAACUCAGAACAGGGACUGGCAGGGUCCACCCCCUCCGAAUCAUUUCUGUUAUCUCCAUUGGUAACUGCUCUCUCACAUUUAUUGAAUGCAGCAAGUUUCCUUUCUCUCCUUUAUAGCCAUGGCCGGGAGUGUGGCAUCUCAUCUCCUCUAUCUCACCUUUUCAGUCAUGGUGGCUGUAAGGAUUAAAAAAAAAAAAACCUUGACUAUAUUAAGGGUUUUUUGUUUGUUUUAUUAUCCCUUGUUUUGUUUUUUUUUUUAAAUCCCAUUCCAAUUUUUCCCUCCUUUCUCGAUUAGAAAUAAACAUAGAGAAUUAAAGCAUUCCACGGUAGACGGGCCGCUUCCUGCAUGGGUAUAAUGCCUCACGGAGUCUGUGUUGCACUACUGGCUUUAAACUAAAUAUACCUUUUUUUUUUUCUAUGAAUUGUGUGCAUUCACUUGCUCUGCUGCACGAGUGAGACUUGGGCUCAGGAUCUGCAAUGAUAGAGCCAUGUCUCCUUGCUUAGCUUUAUGUAUACAACCCAUCCCACAGAUAAACGGAGUAUACAUAUAGUGUUGCUGCUUCAGGGGAAAAUGUAAAUUCAGAUAGAAAAUCUUUCAAGAACUGAAUACUACAGGAAUAUCUUUUUAUGCUUGAAUUCCUACUGUUGGUCUUGCAAUGUCAUAAUUUUAAUAGCCGCUGUCAAAUUUCACGUAUAUAUAUAUAUUUUCUUUUUCUGUUUUUAAAACUCCUGUUGUACAUCUUUCCUACAAAACACUACCUUGUGUUUUGUUUAAAUUGCUCUGGAGGGUAACGCUUGUUCCCUGUUUUAUAAGAUACACUGAGUUUCGCUACAGAAAACUGUGAAUACAUUGCCCAUUUUUAUAUUAAAUCUAUUUUUUUUCCCCCCCCACAAAUUGAAAUACGGUUUGCUAUAAAGCAGCUGAUUGGAUAAUAGUUUUUUUGGUGGUGUGGGCUGACUUCAGUUUUGUCACUCAUUGAUCAGUUUUAUUUAUUUUUAAAUGUUCAAUUGUAUCAAAAGAAAAAUGAGCGGUUUCAGAAUUCCGGAAUUGAGUUAACCACACAACUGAUUACCACCACACUGCCAAAAUUCCACCACUGGUGGUGUCUUCACACCAGCCAAUCAGAUUCUAGCACUGCACUCCUUUAAUAGUACAAGUGGUCCACUGCAUACCUGCCCUGUGUGUAGAGCCAGCCUUGUAUCUUAACCAUGCUUUGUUAAAAUGAUGAAAUGCUUAUCUGAUAUCAUGUACACUGAAAAUGGUUUAUCUGACUGUAUGAACUUCUUCUGAUUGCCGAAGAAGUAAUGCCCAAUGCACUGAAAGCCUGGGUUACCUCUAAAUGGAUUCCAAAAUGGAAGGUUUCCCUGCGGUAGUAUCCUAAUACUAGACCCCAGCUAUUGACAAACUACAAUAAACCUUUGCCUGGCACAAAAAUUCAGGUGUCUGGCAAUGGUUUGAGGAAAUUCUGAGCAAAGGGUCGAAGGUCCAGUAUUUAAAUAUCCCUGCACUACUGUUCCAGUGCCUUUUGUGUUUUGCUGUCCAGUCAUGUUCUCAAUCUUCCAGCUGCUGGAAAUAAAAAUGUUUGACAAGGACUUGCCUGCUAAAGAUUCACCUCUGGGUUUAGAGGUAAUCCCACCACUUCAGCUAAUGUUCAGUUAAUCUCCUCUUCUCCUUUGUUCCAUGCGGAUGGAUCACCCCUCAGGAAUCUUUCCACUUAACUGCAAUGUACAAAGACCACCAUUUUUUAACUUGUAAUUUGUUUUUGAAGGUAUAUUUAAUUUAGAGUAUUGCAUUGCACUGUAGCUAUAAGGGGAUAAUUUUUUUAUUUUAUUUUUUUGUUUGUUUUUUAAAGCUAAUGAAAUGUUGGGGAUUUUUUGUUUUGUUUCGUUUUUUUUUUCUUUCAAGAACUUUAAUAAAUGUUUGUCUGUUUAAUUUUGCUUGUGGUGAUCUAUGCUACACGAACACACCUGGUGAGGCCAUAAGUGGGAGUUACUGAAGUUGCUUAAAAUAAAUUGGAC